AUGGCGGUGGCUCUGGAAGAAGUGUGGGGGCGGGUGAAGAAUGUCUGCAAGCAGAACGGACUGCUCAUCCUGUCCGUGCUGGCUGUGGUCAUCGGCUGCCUGCUGGGCUUCUUCCUCAGAGGGAAGCAACUCUCCGAGCAGGUCAGUUGGUGAUUGUAACCCCAAAUCCCCCCUCACAGUAUCCCACAUGUCCCCCCGCUCCCACCCACCGUCAUUUAAGUGCUCACAUGUACCUCCUGUCUUCUCCUUAAAUGCCAAGAUGGAUUCAGACGCUGAAACUCUUAAUGCAGGAGAUUACCCAGUUCCCUGGUCUCUACAUCUGUGUCUUUACCUGCACUUCAUGUGCUGCUCAGUAACAUUUCCUCACUAUCUUUGAGGGCGCAGCUUGGUUUCCUUUAAUUUUAGAUGUCAAGCCAAGCACGUACAAUCCUCAAAUCUCAUGUGUUUUCAAAACACAAAAACACAAAGUUGUAGCUUUUUAAUAGCCUGAAAGAUUUGAAUUAAUAAAGUAUUUCAUUAUUUUACACCUAGUCUUUCAUCAAAUGCCCUGCCUUUUCCCCAAAGCUUAGCUAGACAGUCAUCUAUCUAACAGAAAUAAGCACUAAAACUGCAUUUUAUUGAAAGAUCACAAUCCCAAGGAGACAAACCAGCACAAAAAAAUCAACCUGAUUCUAAUUUUACAUUUCUCACACAAUUACUAGACCCUCUCCUUUACUUAAGUAUACAUAAGUUGGCAACUAUGACUAAAAUACUUAACUUUAUCAAUCAAUCAAUAACACUUUGUUUAUAAAGUACAUUUAAACAAAAAAAAUGUAGCUCAAAGUGCUGUUCAUUCAAAAACCCCACCUACCUUCCAAACACACAUUCAACACACACAGUACUCAUGCACACACACACACACACGCAAGGACACUAAAUGAGGACUAUCCAAACUGCCACAAAUGAACGAGGAAACUCUAUGUUGAAUUAAAAAUGUGUAAACACAGGACCUAAGACUAAAGCGACAAAACCAUGUAUAAUGAAAUUAAAAGUUAAUUAAGAUAAAACAGUCUAUAAACCAAACUUUGAAAGAAAAUAAAAGACAAAAUACUAACUCUGUUACUAGAAUAGCAUAAUGCAGAUAAAGAGAUUUAAAUUAAAAAAACAAAAAUGCUUAAAGUCAGACUAAAAAGCUUGGUCUUGAGUUUGCCUUUAAAAAAACUAACAGUCGGUGCUGCUCUCAGGUCUGCAGGUAGACUAUCAGAAUUAUGCAGUCACAUAAUUCAUACUGAAAUCCAAACACCAGCAAAACAGUCGUGCAGAGUGUUUUUUUGUCCUAGGUAAAAGAUACUCCAAGUCCCAGACACUGAAAAAAACGGACUAAACAUGAAAUCAUUAACACAUUGACAGGAACAUUAAAAUAAAAGAGGGAUUUAAUGUGAUUUAAGCAAUAAUGGAGUCUUGGAUGGACUGAUCGAGAUCAAGGGUUAGUUCACGGCUGUUCAAUGGUAUAUAUUUGACAGCGAUGAGGUCCUCUUUUCAUGGCUCACAGAGAAAUAAUAAAAGAGAAUCAAUAAAAGAAUACAGCUGUACGAAUCCUCCAGGGGUCAGUGGAUUUAAAUAGGAGACUUUGAAAAGACACUUCAUGAGGAUGGUCUACCUGCUUUUAAAAAAUGCUUUUAUUCCGGGCUCAUGUUAAAGACAGUUUGUCUUCUCCACCACAAUGUAAAGGUGCAUAUCAACCAAGAACAAAAAGAUCUGUCACAAUUUUUCUGAGCCUUUUGUUUUUUUCUUGUAGAAACACUUUCUCAUCAGCGCCUCUGAUGGUCUGCAGCCUCUCAGUUGAACUCUGUGUUCAUACAAAGAGAUUGCAGGACAGGAGAUUAGUUGUCAAUCACCCCCAGAGACAUCAAGUCAACAAAAUACCCCUCGUGUUCACUUAUAUAAUUCACACACAACUGAAUGAAUGGGAAGUUGAGCAAAGCGGUGUGAAUUCAAUGAAUGUCAAGAGGCAAAUAAUUACAGAUAAAAGAAUUUUUCUUAACAGGAAAAUCAAUGAUUCUCAGAUUACUUUUUUAUUUGACAAUGACUGAAAUUCUUCUAAAAUGAACUUUAAAAAAGAUCCACGUUUGAAAGGCUGAGAAAGUAUUUGUCGAUCAGAGUUGACUGAAAAAAACUGGGGCUUGAAUCAGAGCAGAAUGAAAUGGAUUUUAGAUGGAUUUGCAUGAUGACAAUUUUUUCCCAUUGGAAUGUGUGUGUCUGUGUGUGUGUCUGUGUGUCUGAUGUAAGGCACAUGAAGGCAUUACAAUCAUUUCUGAGCAUGUAUGUGUCGUCAAAUGAACCACAUCAGAGCCAGCAGCUCAGAUGUGUGCUCUGCAGGCUAUUUCGUUUUGAUGUAAGUGCGAAAGCUCUCAUGACACGGGGGAGCUGCUUGCUUUAUAUGGAGCACACUUCUCUCUUUGAGAAAAUUGAUGUGCAUUUAGUGAACUAAUACGCUGGAGGAUUUUUAAAAGAGAAUCUUUUUAUUCCACGAGCUCUGUUGAAAAGACAACCAGAGACAGACACAGCAUCUUAAGUUCAAGGAUUCAAAAAGUGCAGUCAAAAAUAUGCUUUUAAUCUUAAUACCUGCUGUAACAGACACUUGUGCAGGGUCAGCGGAGGGCUGAGUUAAUCACAUUUUAGCAUUAAAAUGCCUGAUGUGACCUCAUAUUCAUCUGUACUUUUUCAUUCUUUAGCAGAAGAGCGAAAAUACAUAUUUUGAUCACGUAUCUGUCAGAAACCUAUCUUGGUUUGGUGCUUUACAUGGUACGGUUUGUUUACGCUGGACUUUAUUAUAAAUGAGGAAACACCUGGAGACUUAAACAGUGCUGAGCGUGGUUUUAACUUAUUCAUCUACAGAGAGGGCAAAACAGGGCAUAUGAUGUAAAACAGAGGAUAUUAAGCUUAAACAUGCAGUCUAAAACACUCCACAUGUGACAGCAGACAGCAGCAGCAUGUGCCUUGUUGUGGAUUAAAGCUCAUUUCUGUCAUAAAUACUUUGUUUGAUAUUUACCGUAUAAAGACAUCAGCUUUAUUAUAAUUUAUACUGAAUGCUGUCUGAUGAUUUAACAUGAAUAUUGUGUUUUUUUCCUUCCAAAUCAAAAUGUCUUUGGCCUUGUAUAAGUCACAGUAAAUGGGCCUUAAACAUUAGAUGUUAUGAUAUUGAAUAAUGCUGAACUGAUGAAAAACUUAAGUUUAAGUCCUCUUUUUCUGUGCAGCUGCACUUCUAAAAGCUAUUAGGGGGUCAUAAAAACAGGAUAUGACAUCAUAUUUAAUGUGAUUGACACUUGCAUACAGUCUAUGGGUAUAAGAACAUCUGGGGGUCACUCCGUUUGAUGGGAGGUGGAGUCAUGUUCUCUCAUAUAUAUGUGUAUGAGCGUUUGUUUGUUUGUUUGUGUGUAUAUUUAAAUGUUAAUGUGAAACUAUUUCAUUAUUUUUUAUUACUGUUGGUUAUCUGCCAAAAAGUUGUGAUACAUUUCCCUCAGAAAUCUGACUGUAGCCCUGCGGACAGUGACCCUAUGACAUCUCCAAUCUUUGAAAUUUCUUGGUCUGUGACUGAAAAACUCUGUGACUUAUUAGUACAGAAAGGAGGCCAGAUGUCUGUUGUUUUAGGUUUUCCAAAGUUUUCUGAUGCGUGCUCAGCAUAAGACAGCAGAAAGAUCCCUGGAUAUUAACAAGUAGAUGAACUUUUUCAGACUACAUGCUGCAUAUGAGAGUUAGAUCCGCUUAUAGAGAGCUCAUGUUUUAUUCAUAAUAUGACUAAUAUUAGUUUUCAAUGUUGAUUUUUAUACCCUACUCGAUUUCAUUACAAUUGUAGCUGCGGUAUUCAUGAGAUGGGGCUUGAAAUUUGUUAUCAGUAGGCAGUAUGUGUGUGAAUGGGGGAUGAAUUUUAAAUCAGGAGCAGAUAUACUCGUGAAAUAUGAUCUAAACAUUGACAUUAUAUCAAUUUCUAUUAAAGUAUUUUGUCCAAAAGUGUUUUUUCAAAAUAGAAUCUGACUAGAGGGAUGCAAUCCUAAAAUCUGGGUCAUUGUAUAUUCACAGCUGUACAGUAAUGUAAUUUUAAAAAUAAUGAUAAGUUUUUUGGUUUAAUUAAAAACACAUCAAGUUGAAUGAUAAAGCAGGCAGGAGAACAGGAACUAAGAGAUUAAUCAGCAACAGAGUGAGAAGGAAAUCACUGAGCAACAUAAGGCACUUUGUUGAUCCCGUGUGCCUGUUUCUCCGUCACAGAGGAGUGAAACAAGUGGCUGCCAAAAAAUAAGCAUAGCACAGAUUAAAAAGAACAAGGUUGUCCAUUGAGAAAUGAAGCUCCCGUCUCUCAGUGUCUAUGCUGCUGUGACAAACUCUGAGAGUAGUGACUGUGUGCAGAGGGGCUGGAUGGUCUGCCUUCACUGAGUCUGACAGCAUGACUUUAACUCCCUUUGUAAGAGUUAAGAAAAUUCUUUUUUCUGCCUGAGUCGCUCUCACAGUCCUGAGCCCGCUGACCUUAAAGAGUGUAAAAGUCCUCACUUGAAAAAAAUAGAAAAAGUCCACGAAAAGGGGCUCCUGAAAUUGUUAUUGAAUCAAAUUGAGGUUACAGAGGGAGUCUCAAUCCCUCAAAGAGAGCAGAAUAAUUAAAUUGUAUGAACAAGCAAUCUGCUGCCUUCUCCUAUAAUUGUUUCUGUCUCUGGAGCAAAAUGGGUUUUAGUGUUUCGUAGAGGCUGAAAAGAGGGAGAGAGGAUUAGUGUUUACUGGGUGGCAGCUGGUGGCAGAGGUGAGAACAGACAUGCCUACAUUGUGCUCAUGAAAACUAGGUGAACGAAUGAGUUUGUAUUGUGUGAAAAGUGUGUUUGUUUGUGUGUGUCUGUGUGUGUUGAUGGAGUUUAAAGCUUUAUGCAUGCGUGCAUGGUGACAUGAAAGUGUAUUAUUUUUCUAAUGGUCCAGUGAAGGAGUGUCUUCAAUGGUCUUCAAAAAUGAGGGUCGUAGAAGAAACAGAGGAGAAACAAACCUUCUCUUUUUACUUCUCAACUCAGUGAAAAAGAGUUUAUGCUCGGCAUGCUUUUAAACUUUUCUUCGGUGCAGCAGGAUGUUCAUUUUGUAAAUACGGGACCAUUACAAGCUUGUUGACGAGUUUAUUUUGGAUUUUUAAGUAUACUGUGACUCAUACACUCAUCCCCUUUAAUGACACACCUACAAAGUGAGAGGAAGGAAGUUAGAUACAAAAGGUUGAAGGAUGUUUCCAUUAUGAAUUUUUGUGCCUCUUUUUGUUGACAUUCUCUGAAAAAGAAAAAAAAAAGGUUUCCUGUUUGUGAUGUCCUUGCACUCAGCUGUUUUAAUGUGGGCUGAUAUUUUUUUCUGUAGGCUGAUACUUUUUUCUGCCACUCUAUGUUUUAAUGGAAGAACUCUACAACCAGAGUUUUGCUGGGUGAAAUAGGAAAAUGGCUGUGGACAGGAUUCAAUUUAUACCGGCCUGUGAACUCUUCACUUCUUUUUGAGGAGAUAAGACUUUAACUUUGGUCAAAAUUACAUUGUUUGAUAGGUUAUAGUAAUUUUUUAAUUUUCUGUUGUUUUUAUUUUUACUUCGCAAUGACGCUUUGUUUUCAAAUCCAGGUCAGUUUUGAUUUAGUUUUAUUGAAUUUAGUUUUAUUUCAAUAAAAUAAUUCAAGUUUCUAACAAUUUUUAGUUAGUUUUAGUGUUAGUUUCAGUUUUUGUAACAUGGCAUACUUAUCAGGGGCAAGAUCCCCCAACCCCACACCAAACAUAAAACACUGUGUCAGUGCAGAGGUUAGGCCCCCCUGUCCAAAAGUUCUGCUCGUUAGCAGACACCUCACCUCAUGUGAGUUAUCUUUGCUACAAAUGAAUCCAUGCUGAAAAGAGAGUUUUGCAGUUGAAAUAAUAGGGGACUAGGGGAGGAAUUGGAUCCAGAUAGUCUCUAUGAGUGCACUGAUCUUCUCAGUGAGACAACAAAAAAAACUAAUUAAUCACCAAAAGAAAUUAAAAAACAGGCUGGUCUUACAAAUUGAGUGGAAACUCAAUACAUUGUACAGUUCUAUUUUAACAGCUGAUAUUGAUAACAAAGCUGUAUUAUGUUUAUUUUGAUAUAAGACAAGUCUGUUCGUUAAGAUUUAUAUUGGGGAAAGAAAAACAACUUAUAUUGCGGGUCAAUAAAGUAAAAAAAAGGAGUUUUUUCAUGUUUGAAAUCAGUGGUUCUGUAAACAUUUUACCUCUAAAAGAACUGUAUCAAGUCUGCAAUUUCCGACUCAUCAUCUUCAGAUAGAUCUAUGAGCAUUUCUAAUAUAUGCUUUGGGGGUAUUUUGAUUAAGUACUGGCGUAGGAUCUGGACUCAACUUCUGGCAGUGACCUUAAUUUCUGUGAUCCGACACCCCCUUAUGCUCUGGUGAACCAGUAAUUGCUGACUGACGUAAGACAUUUCAGCGACACCAUCUUCUUGAGCACUCUCCGAAAUACACAGAGGGAUUAACCUGGUGGUGAUAAGCCUUGUUGGCAUUGUGUGAACUCAUUGGCAAGAGGUUAUGUGUAAGAGACACUCAUUGGUAUGUUAGAGUCCAGCACUCAGGCUUGAGGCAACGCAGUUCCUGGAGAAGAUUUAGGAAAGGAAAUGUCAAGAAUAGAAAAACAACUCUUUAAAAGCUUUGGCUUUUAAAGUGUCGGCAGUCUCAGUCCAGAAGGGUGAUUUCGUCAAGUUCAAAAGGUGUCCUGAUUCUUCCAGCCAGAAACAUUUUAUAAAAUGAUCUCAGCAUCAUCAAACGUCAGCGUCUCGGACUGACAAAUAUUUAACAAAAGACCAGUUUCUUGUAUUCAAAUGUCCAUGUAUAUAUCAUUUCAAUCAAGAAACACAUUUUUACCUGUAUUCAUUAUCAAUAUUACAUCUUUCGCAAACCUAAUGCAAUUCUUUUUUAAAGUCUUAAAAGCUUCCUACCUCUUCCCAGUAAGUGACAACAUAACAAAAAACAGGGAUCAAAUUAUGAUGUAGCGCCAUACCAAAUUUAAACCAGUGGUGCCAUAUUUAAAAGUAAAAAAAGAAUAGCACUGUUGUUCUUUUUUAAUCUGUUUUUCCCAUGUACCAAAUUUGAUGUGAAUCCUAUAAAUAUUUUUAACAAAUGACACAAACUUAGCAAACUUAAGCAAGAAACAAACUUUGACAACCCACCACUGCCAUGCUGUCUGAGUUUUAUCCAUAGGCCGAAGAACAAUUCUUCUGUGAGGACUUUAGUGGCUCUCCACCAUAUUUGAAGUGGACUAGAUUCAGCCCUCAAGGGGGGCAUAACCCAGGAUGGAUCCACAGCUAACUUGAUGUACACUUCUUUUAAAAUAGCAGCCCUUAUGUCAGGUCCGAGGGGCCUUUAAGUAGGCCCAAGCAAGAUACAUGUACUCGCAAAAUUUCAUCAUAACAGGUUGCAGCAGGAGCUUCAAUUUUAAGCCACACCCACCAGCUCCAUCAGUAUCAAAUGUCUGCUUACUGCACAGGUAUUUAUUAGCCCCUUAAAAGCUUCUUACUGUAGACAUGUAGAUUUGUAGGUUUUAUCCCUUGCCCCCAGUCCAUGGUACUUGACAGCACCAAAAUACAAACAUAAGUAUGCUAAAGUUAACACUGAUUUGGGGACUUGAAUAAUGUGUGUGAAAAGUAAAAACAAAGUAUGACAGUACGAUGUAACAGCAAGAUGUACAAGGUGAUCUGUCGCUGUAGAUGUCCCAUGGUAAUAUCAUAUUUUGCUUGUCCCAGCUGUAGACUAGACUAUCACCCUGCCCCCUCUCACUCACACUCACUCGGUCAUCUGGAAAACAAACACACAGACUCAAAAAGCUUUUAUUGCUCCAUCACCACACUGCACAGAUGUGCUAUACCCUAUUUUUGUUAGUUUUAUCUUUUCACCAUGGGUUUUGUUUUCUACUGGUUUUAUCUUCAUGUUAUACAAUCAUAAACAACCCUUUUACUUUUCUAAAUCUUUGCAUUAAGUCUUCAACUUCAUAUCUACAUUAUAUGUGUGUGUGUUGAAAUGCUGGCGUAAAUUAAAUUACCACCUUCAAUGAAAUUAAAACAAUACCAAUAUUAAGUUGUAACAUUGGCUUGAUGUGGCUACCUGGCCCCAGAAAUUAAGUUCUUGUUGGAAACCCCUUUGUUAAAUCUUCCCUUGGUGGGUUGUUUGAUUUACUUUAUGACAAAAGCAUGUGUGUGGGGGAAGGGUGUAGUGUGCUUAUUUUUAAGGUUGUCUUUGCAUUGGUGAAGCAAAAAAAGUUUAUUUCUAUAUCCAGUAAACGCACUACAUCAUCAUCAUCAUUCAUUUGACUUUGUCCUAUUUUGACCGCUAUGUACAGUAUUAUCCUGUAUUCACACUCUUUUAAGUUUAGUUCCGUCUCCACAAUUUGGCCAGCUGCUGGAUGCUACCUUACGCCCCAGAGUUUUCCUCUUCGUGUUGAUGAUUUGAAGCUUUUCAAUCUGGGACAUAACUUCAAAGAUUAUAGUCCAGUCCUGCUGAAAAGACUCAUCAUUGCAGCCCAUUACUCUGGCAUUAUAAAUUCUCUUUCAACUACCGAAGCAUUAAAGUUUUGAUAGCUGCCACACAGAAAUUAGUGAAUACCUGAAGGGUAACCUUGCAGCUAAGUGAGUUUUUCACCAGUUUUCAUUGCUAAACUGUGAAAUUCAAUCAAACCAAGGAUCAAGGGCCUGAGUCCAAAUUCACACAGUGUGAUCAUACAAUGAGGGCUUGAAUGGGUAACAGCGGGUAAACUUGGAGCUUGAAACAACUUUAAUUUUCAUUAAUCCCACAUGUACUCCAGGAGGAACAAAUGUAUGCCUUAAAACACUAAGAAAACAUCUUAAAAUAACUUUCUUCUUAAAAUAACAUUUCUUACCUUUGCCUGAAGUUAGAAGCUUGAUGCUACAUUAACAGCUGCUGGCAGAGUCCCAAAAUUUGUUACAUAAUUUUCAUUAUUCGUUGCACACUAAAACCUUCCCCUAAUGCAUAUGUUUUAGUACCCCAUGGGUUAACCAGGAGACAACCCACUAGUCAUGAGCUGAAAGAAGGCAUGUGGCCUCCUAUCGUUGCAGAAGCAGACACACUUCAGUCAAGUAUCCCAUUUUUUGCCAUGUGCUUGUAAACUAAGGACACGGGCAGCAGUUAGAAUAAUCAUCCAGUUGAGCUGGAGCCGUACUGUGACUUAAUUGUGCAUGUUAACUCACUGAAUGAGAGUGAGGUCUUUGCACGCUGUUUUUUGCCAUGAUGUGGAUAAUUUAUGCAAAAAGUUCAACCAGAUGUUACAUAUAGCAGGUUUGUGAAAAAGCUUUGAAUAGAGAUGGGGAAACACAACAAAGUAAAAUGAACUUUAGCCGGUAAGUUUGGAUUGAAUACUCCUCAUAGUCGUUAAUCAAACACUUAACUAUAGCAAUGCAUCUAAAAAUACUAAUGCUUUUGUAUUGAGUUAUGCAGCAUACCACACCUAUCUUUGACAUUCAAAUAAAAGUAGUCCACUAAAAAAAAAAAAGGAAUUAAAUGAGUUCAUGUAUUUUGUUAGAAAGCCCCAUAAUAGAUGCAUCCUUCAUAAGCAGUCACAGUCCCCACUUGUUAAAACUCUUAUUACUUUAUUUUGACUUUUUUCUUGACAGCCUCACAAGAUCACAUGACUACAUAGAGUAUUUAGGAAAAUAUUUAGACCAAGUAAGAGAAAUAACUUAUUUAUCACAACCUUGAAUAUACUGGAGCUGAUGUGCACUCUUUCCUGAUUGUUCCUUUCCAUUCAUUUAUUGCUGCUGUGAAUAGGUACAAUUAUAAAUUGCAUUGAUAAAAAGGCCAAAACUGUCAUUAUGUUGUCUGGCCUUAAGACAUUUUCAGGAGUGCGUGCAUGAAAAGGGCGUCUGUAAAAAGCCUGACAUUAUUAUGCAGACAAUGCUCUGAUAACAAUAAUUAACCUCCUGUCAUAACUAUCUGCAUUAUAUAUUACCGCUGUUUACACUCACACUUAUAAAGGCAUUUAAAAAUCCAGCAGUAUAACAAAGAUCUCAAGAGCAUACAGGUAAAAAUGGAAAAUACAGAACAUCAUGCAAGCAAGGCUGGACAGAUCGAUUUUCCUCUUUAUAACAAAUCAGAUGCAGGGUCCAACCCAGGCAGAUAAUAAACCUGCGUGACAAAAGGAACAGAGGCCCUGGAAGGCUUUAUAAGCCCAUUAGCUACCUUAUUAUGGCUUACUGUGGCUUUUAACCUUCAUUUUUAACACUGUAAAAGGAAUAUUAGAGAUGGAAUUUCAAGCCUACUUUCUUUAACAUCUACAAUAACAAACAAAUAUGAUGUUAGCUAUAAUUUGUAAGCAGUACCAUUUAGACUAACUCACUUAAAAUGACAAAACAUGAACAUCGAUUAAAAUCUAUCUCUUAUUCUUCAUAUUGCUGUUUGCGGAGGCAUGAGUAACCAUGAAGCAACAAAGACUAUGUUUGUGUCCAUGGUGGGGGUUUUUCAGCACCGGAGGGCAACCUGGGUUGUUGCCCAGAAAUUGUCAAAAAAAAAAGUUUUAAAAGGCAUGAAAGCAGAAAAAAACUCAAACUCAACAUGACUUUUUCAGUAACAACAGCACUAAAGCUAAAAGCAGUUUGAGACUUAACUUUAAUGCACAAAGUAAGAAGACAAAGUGCUCUGUUUGACUAAUAGCUUUCCAGCUGCUCAAACCUUUUUUUUUUUUUUUUUUUUUGGUAGCAAGGCCUGUUUUUUAUGAUUUAAAAAAAAAGUCAGCUGUAUAUUGAAGGCAGCCUUACAAUGUUUUUUCUUAUUUUUUUUUUUACUUUUUGUUUCUAUCAAGACUUUGCUGAAAGCCAGGGCUACAAGAGUCUCUUUUUAAUUGGAGGUUCGCUUUCCUUCUAACAAAUAACCAGCACCAGAGGGCAAGGUUUGAGAAAUGCAUCUUAUUAUUUCUGCAAAAGUGUAUUUUUGUAUCCAUAAAAGCUCAGCCCUUCAGUCUUUCAUAAGUAGUGACUUGUUAUAGAAAGGUUUGAUAUUUUGCUCUACAAUAAAAGUAAUGAAGAAGAGAUGCCCACAUAAUAUAAUAAUAUAAAGUACCACAUAACAUAUGACGAGAUGAGAUACGAAAAGAUAUAAUUCAGUAUGACACAAUAUAAUGUAAUUCAAUUCAAUUUGAUAAGAAAAUAUUAGACAAGAUAUCCUUUAAUUUGAUAAGAUAUGAUACAACAAAAUUUAAUACAAAACAACUCAGUGCCAGAAACUAUCAUGAUAUGACACAGGAAAGGAUAGGAUAGGAUAGGAUAGGAAACAACAUGGCAGGAAAGGAUUCAAUAGUACAAAAUACAACAUUAUAUAAAUGAAAAUAUGAUAGAAAAGGAUAUGGUAUGACAAAAAAAAAAAAAAGAUACAAAACAAUAUGACACACUACGAUCUGGUUUAAUGGCAUGGGCUGAGCCCUCAAAUACAAAAGCCAUUCUUGGAGGCCAACCUUUAUCUUGAUUGUUUAUUUUACAUGGUUGGAGGGGGAGCUUAUGUUGAAAUCAACAGUUUGGCGAUGAAUCAACUUUCUGCUUAGACCUGCCUUCAAAUAAAGCACACUGCAUUUUGUGGGUACUGAGCACAAGUCUCCUUUUCAGCCCUUAAAAUUUUGGUGUAGAACUUUACAUCCCAUGUUGCUGCUGUCUAUAACAUCUUUUAUGCACUUUAACUUAAGCAGUUAUCACAGAUAUAAUCAGUAAACAUAGAAGAAUAAAUGCCAUUUACUUAAACAUUUAAGUUCAGAGUCACCUCCAUCUAAACUUUGUAUGAAUUUGUAAAUAGUUUCCAAAAGUACAAUCACAUCUUGAGCAAGUGGAGCACUAUCUAAACUACCCAAGAGACAAAACCAGACAAUUUGGUGCCUAUUCUUUUGUAAAGGUUAUACAAAGCAAUAUAUUGACAACCUUGCAGCAAUUAGCAUGUUAGACUGGAUGUUGUUUGGGGUUGCUAACAGUUUGUUUUUCUGUGCCAUCUGUAGGAGGUCAAGUAUUUCCAGUUUCCUGGAGAGCUGCUAAUGAGGAUGUUGAAAAUGCUCAUUUUGCCCCUCGUCGUGUCCAGGUAAGAUAAGCACAGAGCCACACACACACACACACACACACACACACACACACAAAUAAACACAGAGAAACUGUAUAAACUUGUUCAUCAAACGCCUGACUCGAGAUGCAUUAUCAUUUAAGCUGGUGAUUUGUUGCUGAGGAAUUUGCUAAGCGAAAAGGUCAGGCUCACCCCAUGAAGUAUAAAAGGAGCAAUCAAAAACACAUUGAAUAAUUAUGUUAGCUUAAAUCAAAAUUACUGUAUCUUGUUGCAUUGCAUUGACUUGUGUUUGUUUUAUGCCAAAUAUUGACAAGAGGAAUUUAACAUUUUUGUCCUGGAAGAAAUACUGUAGUUUCACUCACUGGAGGGUAUAAUUGACACAGUUGCUUCUUACCUCCUUCCUACACACUUUAAAAAGGAGGUUUGCUGCAGACAGCAGCUUGUUGCCUUGGGCAGUGGUUGAAAAUACGGCACCUGAGAAAAUCCAUUCUGUUCAAUUAGGUUGUUUCAAAUCCUUUUCUGGAAAUACAGAAAUUAAAAUGUGCCAGCCCUCCAGCUAUCUGAGUAUUUGUCUGAGAAAGUUGAAAAUGUGUUGAAUUUGUGAUGUUGAAUUUACUUGGUGGUGGCUUUACAUAAUUUAUUAUUAACACUGGUGCUUAUUUCUGACGGAGGUUCAUAGACAGAGUGGGGUAACAUGCUGUUCCUUUGAAUGAGAUUUUGUGAAAACAUUUUUUCUUGUGUUUACAUUUAACGCCUAACCCAAUCAGCUGUCUACAUUAACAUUGAUGUCUGUGUGUUUGUCAUUAGCACUGAUAAAAAGAAAAGGACCUGCACCUGACAAAUACAAGGUUAACUUGCACCCUGGCAAGUUAAACCUGUUUACACCUAACUUUAUCAUUAGAUCUGGGUCAUGGGAUCACAAGUAACAGGUGUGAACUCCCACCAAUAUGUGGUAAGGCCCGACAGAUCAGUCUGGAAGGUUUUUGGUCUGGCAAUGGACAUGCUCAUGUGUAAAACACUGCCUUGUAUCUAUGGCAACAAUCACAUGGUGUAAAAAACAACCAACUUGAAUGAAAAUCCCCUCUUUUACUUCCGUCAUGUCAUUGAAACACAUGGAGAUUUAGUUAAUGCACUAUGGCCUACUUGUGCACAGGAGCACAGGAUGUACCACAUCUGUAUUUAUUCACUAAAAUAGUCUCCAUUUGAUUUAAUAAUACAAGGCCAACUGUGCAGGUCGUACUGUGACCCACACGCAAAGUUUAAAAUGGCACAGCAGGAAGGAAAUGUAAUGCAGAUCAAUCAGUCGUGCUCCAUCUCUGACUCUCACAGUGCAUCACACCAUGCAUUUCCUCACAUAGCCCAAUCUAAUAUAUGAACUAACUAUUCUCAGAAGGAGCAACCCAUGAGUUUCUCUCUCACAUUUUUCCCCCGUAUAUGACUAAUUUUAUAUUUUCUGUUCCGUAUGAAUGUAGGCCCAUUGUUGAUGAUUUCUCAGCUAUUCCAACAUGUGAAGGCGUAUAGACAAACUGAAGUGUUUCAGCAAACUUGGUGAAAGUUUGGUGCACACAUUUGAUAAAUGAUCAAACAUCCUGACCCUCCUUAGUUGGUAACAGAGAUAUUAGUGGGUCAGAAUAAUUGCUAAAACAUUGUGUCGAAAAGCUGUAGUCCAGCCACCCUGCUGGAGCUACUACCAUAAUACUAUAACGCUUGAUGUAAACAAACACAUAUGAUCUUGUGUGUAGCUAUGUGAGAUGACUCGUGCUCAACUUUGACUGUUUUCAGAGUGUUUUCUUUGAAUUUUUCCAUUAGUCAAAAUAUAACCAGGAUAAAGGAAAUCGAAUAAGACAGAAAACAUAAAGGCACCUAGUCCUUUGAGUAACAGGCACCCCUGUGUUCAUACUGAAUACACAGUCCAGAAUUUAUAAUAUUUAGCCUUUAUAUUUGUCUUCACAUUAAAGCAAAACGCAAUCAAUAUACUACAGGUUAUGGCAAAAUAAGCACAAAAAAUAUAAAAACAAGAACAACAAUGCUAAAAAGUCUGUUAUCAAUAGGAUUCAAACAGAGUAUUAACAAGAUACAAAUAAGUCAAAGUUUAACAAAACAGAUUAAACGAGACAAUGGGAUUAGCAAUGCACAGCACUGCAGAGAAGGAUUAUAAUGGGCACUGCCAAACUGAAAUUCACAACAGGCACUGGAAAACAGAAAAGAGCAAAGCUGUAGUUUAAUGGAGGUGAGAGGUGGGGUUGAGCUUAAGUCAUUUCCAGGUAUACCCUGAGUGUAUGAGUGUGGAGUAUGGAUAACUCCAACAGUGUCAUGUGUUUGGAUUUAAAAUCACAUUUCCUUAUUGAGAGUCUUUUUGUUUAUGCACGGUUAAUAUGAUCUGCUUCAUUUGCAGCUUCACACAGCUGCAUCGUAAUCAAUGCAGAUGAGAUGCAAAAUCUUGAUGAGAGUUUUGCUGCACUUCAAAGACCCUCUACCACAUCAAGAAUCAAAGAGGGAUACUUUUCAUAAACAUAAACCUGUUGUCCCUUUAUAGCUUUUGCAUGCAGCUUCAGUAGCACACAUCCUGCCAAAUUCUCCAGUUCGACUAUUUUAGACCCAAAGCUCUUGGUUGCCCGCCUGGGGUCAGCGAUGUCCAACACACUGAAAAAAACUCCCAAAACAAAUCAUGCAAACGCACCAGUUACAUGCAGGCUGCUUUGUGCAAUAAGCUACUUACAAUCUAUGCAACAGCAAAGACUGGAUGAGAAGUUAAUCCUCACUCAGUCUCUUUCUGUCUGUUUGGCUGUCUCUACCUCUCCCUGCUUCCCUGUCUGUCCCUCUUGUUUAUUUCUCUUUCUCACUGUUUGCAAAUAUUUUAAUUAACAUACAGCGAAGGCCAUUUGGAGAUCCUCUCAGAUCUUGUAACAUAUUCAGAUUGAUGUCCCUACUGUUGUAGAUUCAGAGCAGGAGAUCACCACAGCACAGGUUUCCAUGCCAAAUGUGUUGCACGUGAGGUGAAGAGACGUUAAUUACAACUAAUCUGAGACAGUGCAGGCAGGCAGGAGUCCAAACCCAGCAGAGCAGCACACACACCAUCUCGCCACACAGGAAUGAAGAAGCAAUCUGGGCUAACAUGUAACACUUUAAGCAUGGGCUCAGGGUGCUGGAGCUCCUGUUGAGUGUGCAACACAGACAGUGCAUCUGGUGCCUGCCUGCGACUGGAUGGAGGCAAUAAUGGAUAAUGAAAGUGGAAGGCAUACUUCACAGCUUCUCCGUUCCAUCUAAUAAAGCCCACAGCUCCAGCCCUGCCUGAGAUCAUUUGUGGCACAUCUGCAUAUCUUCAAAGUCCCCACAGAGACAAACAUGGUCUUUAUUGCUUCAUGUUUGCCCAUGCCUCUGGAAACAGCAGAGUGUAUCUAGAUCGGGAUGCACAGACGGGCUGGUUGAUAUGGCGCAUGGUACAGCAGGGCUUAUCAAGGGUUGAAUAUCUGCAGCAGCCCUAUGGCCUGUCUGUCCCCAUUUUUUUUCCUCUCCAAGCACCAUCUGCGCACCAACCAAAGCGGAAACCAGAUUAUCCCACAAACGCGUCAUGAAGAAUCAAUGGCCACUACACUUGCUGCCUCCUUCUGUUCCAUGUGACGCUUAUUUUGGGGUUUCUAAUUACACUGCUGCAAUAAAUAGAAGUUGAUUGAAAAUAAAACAUUGAUUUGCACUUCUAUCUGUGGUCUCUGGACCAGCUUUAAUGGCAUUUUAUGAAGCACUCACAUGAGAUGCUUUAUCAAUGUUUGAUUCAGAUGUUAAGGUCAAAAGUGAAGAAUGGUUUAUUGAUAUAAAGCAUCCAUACAAACAUAUGACUGAUGAUCAUCCACACUGUUUUCACACUGCUUGUGUGAAAACUUACCCUGAGGUGUAAUUCUCACUGGAGGUCUGAUAGUACUGUAUGGUGUGAAUGCUUAUUUCCAGAAUUGUCAGUUUUCGCAGUACACUUGUCUGGUUUCAUCUCUUAGAGCUUCUCUGUUAUAAGUGCAGAAGGAAUAACUGUAAUGGAAGAUGUUGCAUGGCACCCUCAAAAAAUGAAUGAAAUCAUUUGUAAAUGUUAAACAUUUAUGUUUAAAUCCAACCCAAUCCAAUCCACUCAAUUUAUAUAUAAAUAUUAAUUACAUAUAUUUUAUACUUUAAGAAACAUUCAAGUUUACCAAAGUGAUGCACAAUAAAAAUUUAAAGAACAAACACGGCAGAAAACAUCAAGAUGAAAUAAAUAAAAUAAAAACACGAAAGAAUAAAAGAAAUAAAAGUGAUAAAAGGACCAUAAAAGACAUAAAAGGACAGAGAUAAAUAUACAAGACAGGUCCUUUUGGCUCCUUUGGCUUCGACUCUCAGUCAUGAUUUAGAUCUUAUUUUAGAUUUCACAUUGACAUGUAUGUGAAAGACCUUAUCUAUGCUUUUAGAUCAGUCUCGCAGCUUUUUAAUUUGCACGAUAUUAGAGGAGCAAGGUGAUCUGUCAAAUGAUUAGGCCAGAGCUUCAAAUAAUACCAAUACUGACUAAAAGAAGAGGAUGGAGAUGAAAUGAACCAGUGCAAUUUUCUUGGGAGAGCAUUAAUGUGCCGGUGAAUAGAGAGUGAAGGAGACUGAUAAUGGACUUGCUGCAAAUUGAGUUCCCUCUAGUCUUUUUACUCUAAGUCAGGAUGUCUUCAAUAAGUCUCUGCACCUGUCAUGUGCCCAUUUAGUCACUUUGUGAUGAUAAAAUGAAAGGCUGUGGAAAUGCAGUCAAAUCAGGUUACUGCUGUCCGGUUAAUUUAGCAGGUUGUACUGCAAUGUUAAGUUCUCCUGCUAUGGUUUCACUCAGAAAUAAAAGAUAAAGUAAUUCAUGUUCACUGGAUAAACUUAUGGUUUUUUCGGUCUCAUUUUUGGAAAUUGUGUAGUUAAAAGGUUUUUCACUUUAGUUCAUUCCUGCAUCUGAUCCUAAAAGCAUAAAAUAACAGCAAAACUUUGCAGUCAAUUUAAUCCAUCAAAUUAGGAUACAAGUGGCAUGUCUAUUCGGUUUUGAGGUGAAGUUUGGCAGCCUAUGUAAUGACACUAUAGUUCUGAAGCAUUUUACAUGUGUUUCUGCUCUCACUGUCCAAUCUUCUCUGGAUAAAUGCACAAAUGUCUGAAAGUAUGCUAAACACAUUUUCAAAAUCCCAGUCAGGAACUAACCCAGUUCUGUAAAAGGCAAUAAAAGCCCAAAACUACAACUUAAAGCUCCUGUGUGAGGAGUUUUUUUUUUUUUUAUGAUAUCGACUGAAAUUCAUGUUGGUGCCUUUUCAUGUUCUACAAAAGCAAACAAGACUGUCAGCAAUAAGACUGGGGGUUUAAAUUGUUAUUUGUAAUUCCUGCUGUGAAAAAGAUAUAUGGUCAGAAAUAACCAGUACGAGAGUUUUUUUUUUGUUUUUUUUUUUUCAAAAAUUAAGGGGGGGCAUCAAAAUGAACAAACUGAAAGUUCCUCACAGGGGCUUUGAAAGAAAAGAAAUAACCUAAAUAAAAACCUGUGGCAGAUUGAAUUCAGGCAAAAGCAAAUUACACUAAAUAGUAAAACUGACAUCUUUCAACCAGGACGGGCUCUGACUCAAAAUUGAUCAAAAAUUCAGAUUUUCCAUUAAACCGUAAUGUGACACUGCUGUAUGAAGUACUUGAUUCACCAUUAGAUAACCUUGUCUGUAUUGAGAGUAUGCAACAGUGCUGUAACUCAUGUCAAAGGUAACACGUUACAAGCUACAAAAUAACACAUCUCUAACUUUCAUUCGUCUGAAACAACAUUUGGACAGCAUACAAUGAUUUUGUGCCAUUAUCACACCUCUCUGACAUUCACACUGAAGGGUUAGUGUUAUAUCUCUACUGAAGCUGAAAAAGUGAAAAGGGCUUUAGCAACUUCUUUUAGCUUGUCACUGACAGCAGGCCAUUGUUCUGAAGAACAGACUGUUACAGGGAUACGGCUCCAGUCACAGACUCAUGCAGACUUGAUGCUGUGUGCUGAUGUUUUGGUCAUUGUUUAGUUUACAGUGGAAAAUCAGAACAAGAGUUAAGAAUAGCAGAGCGUGUCGGACGGUACAACAGAAACCUUUAAAGCUGCAGAGGCAGCAUGAAGCAGCUUCAAUAUCCAACGUAACACAGUAUGUGAUAUGAUCUUAAGACUACUAAACAGAAAAGAAAUUGCAGACAAGGCAGAAAAACUCAAACUCGUGCAAUGCUUAUUAAUGCUGUCCUGUUGUCCUUGUUUGAGUGAUAGAAACCAAUGUAGCUCAUUUUUAUAAGCCUACAAAGAUUACCACAGGAGGCUCAAACUGUAAGUGAAACAAAGCCACAUAUUUCCCUCAUAAAAAAAAAACACAUGUAACUUCCCAUUUUUUCUUUACAUGUCUGCCAUCUGUUUGCUUAAAAUUUAAAAAGUUCCCUGCUGACUACAACUUAUAGUUUAAUAAGUAUCAUUCAUGUUUUUAAACAAUGUCAUUUAGUCUGUGUAAAUGACAUUUCACAGGAGAAAAUUGUAACUCAAACUUACAGGACAACCAUAAACAAGCUAGCAGCAGCUCUGCUCAAUAUUUUUUGUUGGAGUGUUGAAGAAACUCUGAGUUUUUCCUGAAAGUGCUAUAUUCAGCAUAUUGACCUUUUAUUCCAUUAUGGAAAGGAGACUAGUCAGCCAGCUUGUUUUUAUAACCUGAUUUUUUUUUUUAAGAGGAUGAUGUUUCAGCUGCUGGAAAAUAACUCCUGAAGUAAAGAUGACCAUAGAGCUGCUCAGGGUGUUGUUAUAACCCAAGACCCUGUUAUGCCAUUCCCUGUAAGUGGUUUUUACACUUGUACAGCUUGAUCAAACAAAUUUGAGAUUCUCGAUAGGCAUACUGCAUGUAUUGUCAGGGUCUUUUUAUCUACACCAUUAAGCCAUCACUACAUUACCAAAGGGCUAAAAUCCAAAACAGAAGUCAUUAAACUUUCUCUGUCAGAUGGCAAACAGCUUCAAUAAGAGGUAUGAAUGUUAAUGUUUGCUAAUAAGCUGGUUUUAUUUUCUGCUCCAGUAACUAAUUAUUAAAGAAAAUUGUGUACAAAAUGCCAGUGGGAGUAAACAUUGUUACCCAAGGGAGAUGGAGAAAAGCUCUCAGCUCAUUGCAAACAUUGUGUGUUUUUCAUGAAUGCCUUUCAAAGCAUACUUACCACAAAAAUAUAUAUUUAUAUCUCUAUCUCUAUAUCCAUAAGCUCAGCACUCUUUGUCCAAUUAGUGUAACCAUACAAACAUGAAGUGUGUUGUGUUUCACUCCUGGAUCCAUGGUUUUCUUGUUUUCCUGCCCCUUCUGGGACACAGAAACCCGACGCAACCCUGUCUGCCGCAUGUUAUUGGUCAGCUCAGCAGGUCAGGCAGCAGAGUUAGAUGAACAAGAGGUUUAUGGUGAAUUGGUUUUCUUAAUCUCAGCAUACACAGAAAGACGGAUAAACACUGGGCAGUGCACAGCAGGACAGUGGGGAUUUCCUGCCAAUGGCCAUUAAAAUACAGUAACCCAAACCAAGAGCCUAAAGCUCCACAACAAAAUCAUCAAAUCACAAGAUCAGUCACUUGAUCAUGUCUUUUAUCAAUUGUUUGUUUAGCUCUGGGUUCCUUCAUGUUCCCCCAUGUCCAACAAUGCUGGAUCAAUACAUUAUUGACAAAAUGCGUGGCACUGCACUGACCUUCAUCACCCUGUAAUUAAGGAAGAGGCACUGAGUGGACCUCACUAGUAACUGACAGCAUCCUGAUUUCUCACAUGAAUAACCAAGGCCUUUUUUUAACUAAUGAAACAAAAAGAUUUGCUCGGUUAGGUUCUGAGGUUAUAUUGAUUUUAAACACAUCUUAAAACUUCAUGAAAUUGAUCUGAAAAAGCACUGAAGACUAAGUUCUAAGAAAUUAAAAAGGCUUGACGUUCAAGUCAAUAUGUUUCAUUAUGUACAUCAAAGCGGGUCUGGUUUUGGUGCUGUUUCAAACGAAGAUCGUUCAGAAGCUACUGGAAUAAUAUCUAUGAAAUUUAAAGAUUAAAAAAAAAUUCUUAAUUUACUCAUGUACAGGCAACCCAGUGAGAGUCGUGCAUUUCACUGAAUCAACAUCUAUAGACACUGAUAAGAGAGUGUUUAUAUUGAUGUAUUUUGGCUCUCUGAGAAAUGGUUGAAUAUAAGUCUUGGAUGUUCAGAUCUGAGUACACUCUGGCUGUUGUUCAUUGGUGAUGGAUAUAAAUUUGACUCAUGAACAAGCAACCCAUUUGGUAUCUGACGCACAAAUAAGUUAAAACAUUUUUAAUGAGCAUUGUGACAAGGAUUUGGGGCCAAAUUUAAGAUAAAGAUUACAAUAAUACAGUCAGGGUGUUGUUAGAAUAAAGUUAAAUUAUAUACUCUGAAGGCUGAAGCUGCUCAGGAUGCCUUUGGCCUUUCCGUCUUAUUAUAAAGUCUUUUCAGAGACCUGAUCCUUAAGACUUUUGACAUUUUUGUUUUAAUGAUACUUUAAAUCUGCAACAACUUUAUUCACUAACAAUUUCUGCCAUAUAUUGUAACAAAUUUUACUUAGACUCCUUUUUUAAAUCUGUUUUUAACUUCAACUGAGCCCCAGCACUCUGUAGAAAAAUUUGUUGGUUUCAUAAUCUACUUUUUACAAGCUACUCAUGUUUGACCUCCACAAAAUAUGUCAUAACCUGUCUCAAAACGGUUAGUCAUUAAUCCCCGGUAAGGUUACAGUAAAACUACUGUGUCGUAACUUGAUUUUUUUUUUCCAUGAAAUAACUCAUCCAAUUUUGCUCCUAACAGCGUCACAAACUAGCUUUUUAUAACAAAUCAGACCCUGAAGUCAGCAACCAAUCAGUAUCCACUUCAUGAAACGCAAGUGAAUUUAUUUUCAAAUCUUAAGUAAAUUAAAAUAUUGAAUGAUAAUCUUUUAUGUGCUGAUCAGUUUUUCUUUCACGAAUAUGCUUUUGAUCCCAGGUAUUUGGCAUUUAUAUUCAAACCAGACAAGGUUGCAGUCUCAGAAGGGAUUAUGUAUUUUUUGUACCUCGUUGGUGAGAUUAAAAAAGCUGGUCCAUGAUCCAGGCAAAGAUGUACCUUUUGAAAUUCAUAGCCAACAAACCCAGGAACAGGAAAUUAAUAAUGCAGUGAACUCGAGCACAAGCUGUCAGAAGUCUGUCCAACAGACUGGUGAACCUGACUGUGGGAACAGUAAUCAUAGCAUGUUUGAAUCAGAGACGAGCUGUGAAAACUGUAUCCAUCUCAUGAACAGGCAAAUAAAACUGUUCAGAAUCCGAGCAACCACUCACCGCCCAUCACACAAACAAGCAAAUAAAAGUCAAUGUAAUUUAAAGGCAGGCACAUUUAACUCAAUUAUAAGUAAGUCAGUACAAAUCUAUUUCAUGAAGAAGCAAUUAGUACUGUUAAAUAUGAACAAACGAAAACCAACAUACUCAAAUUAGAAAUAAGUAAAUAUCAGAGACUCUCUGACUGGUCAAUUCAAGUGUAUAAAUAUAAACACUUUAAUACUAAAAUAAAUCUUUUUUGUUACAAGUAGAUAACAAAUGCAACAAUGAAAAGGUGAUGGAAUUAAAAGACACUUGCAUGUGACAAAAAAAAAAGACCCCUCACUUUGGUACACUCUUGGCUACAUGGCUAGUUUAACCACUCUUGGAGGCAGGAACUUGACCAUAUCUUGAUGUCCACCAGAAAAUGCCUCCUGAACGAGUUGUGAGGAUUUUUGUACUUAAAAUAAAAUUGUGCUUUUGCUCUGUAGUCAACAAAGCCCAGCUUUCACAGACACUCCACUCAGGCAGUAUCAAUUGUUCCAUAAAUAUGGUCUUUACCUUGUUUUUCUUACUCUCCAUUGUCAAUAAUGAAGUGCUAAAAAUCAAAUAGUUUUAUCGAAUGUUCUCUGCAGACCUGAAGCUUUUCCAUUGUCGUGAUGUUGUGAUGGUGUUUACAGUGUUUUUUCUCUGGCAUGUGUUUUCUGUGUCUGUGUUUUCAGACUUGAUCAUUUGCUGUUACUGCAGCUGCUUUGAGUUUUUGAAUUGAAUUGUUAUUUCAUGUUUCUAUACUUGCAUUUGUUAUGUACUUUUGCAUGCAUUUAAAAGCUGUUUUUGAAUCUGCUGCAUGUUUCUCCAAUUGCUGUUGCUGUAGUUGUUAUAAAUCAAGAGAAUCAAAAGUUUUGUGUUUAAAACUCUCUUUUUCACCUUCUGUCUGCUAAGUAAUAAGGCUGCUGUUAGAGCAUGAAAUCAUGCAAACGAGACCCAGGACGACUGCAUAUCAGAGAAAGGCCACUGAGUCACCACCUCAUGGCCCCCAUAGAUAACUCCUCCCCAAGGAGCCUCAGCCUUAUUUUUUUUCAUCUGGACCAAGGAUUACUGUAAUGCUCUUGCUCAGCGAAGGUGCAGCAGGGAAGACUGUAAGCCCCAUAUGGUCCAAAAAUCUUGGAGCAGAUCUGCUGUACGUGUGCUUGAAACCUCUCAAUCGAGGCUGCUUCACAUGGCAGGCGAUGUGCUGUAAUCCCACCUUGACUUGGAUAUCUCAGGGGUGGACUGUGGUUCUAGGAAAGACUCUCUGUGGCUUGUGUCAAGGGGGUUGUUAUUCAUUUUCCUCUUGAUGAAAAGGGGAGAAGUGGCAGAGAAGAUGAGGUGGACAAGUAUUUGUUGCAGAGAUUUUAAAUUGAGAACCAUUACAAAAAAAAAAAAAAACAGAAACAUCAAGGGCAUAUUUUAAUUUGGCACAAUGAAAAGUUGAAAGUCUGAAGGACUGAAACUAACAAAGGGACUUGUCUUUAGACACAUGCUUCUUUUUUAAUUAUUUUAGAAGACAAGAACUGUAAACAAGAUUUAUAAAAAGACGUAGUUUUGUUUUUCAUGUGUCUCAUUUUUCCUGUCUAGUCAAGCAUCAUGUGUCUGUGUGUACUGUAUGUGAAAGAUGGUGGCUCAUAGUGAAGAGUCUGAUGUUAUAAAAGAGCCUCACUCAUAAUGGAGUGAUCUUGGUUAAAUGGUCAAGCUCAUUGUCUGGUCAGUGACAAAUUAAAAAUUGAAUCCUGACAAUUACAGACUCAGAACACUGAACUGCUCCUUGAAGACACAGCCAUCAAUAAAUGAACAUCUGCGAAGGAUUUAGAUGAGAAUAGAUUGAGUGGUUUCAAGUACUUUGAGUGGUUUGAAUGCUCCACAAGUGCUGUCCAUUUGCUGUUUUGAUUUAUUCCCACCACUCUGACAGCAUUAUUUCUAGAAACAACAUAAGUGAAUCUCUGUGAGGGAAUUUUAAAACACUGACAUACACGCUUUCUUCCCAGCCAAAUGACAGAAGGACAGAGUUACAGUGUUACAUGUGCCAUUUUUCAGUGGCUGAAAGUCAAGCCAAAGAACGCUACAGAGGACCAAAGCUUACGUACAUUCAGUUAGUGCUUAAACAGUCAGACUGACUACCUGAAACUGCUCCUUUAGCUGUUCCUGUUUUAAAAAUAAACACAGCUUUCACUUUAUUAUUGAACAUAAUUUGAUUGAAAAAGAGCAGAAAAAAUACAUUUCUAUGUAAAGGUGCAAAUGAAGCACAGCAUAUAUAUAUAUAUAUAUAUAUAUAUAUAUAUAUAUAUAUAUAUAUAUAUAUGUGUGUAUAUAAACUCUGUCUCUCGCCCACCCUGGGUGGUACUGUGUCUCUUUUAGCUUGGUUCCUCUAACAGAGGCCUGGGAGCUUAAGGGUCCUAUGCAGUAUCUUGGCUGUUCCUACCACCAUGGCUUUCCUCUGCUCUUUGUCUAUGAUUUCAAUGUCUUGGCUCGGUCAUUCUCCAUUACCUUGGGAGGUACUUUCCAUUUUGACCUCGGGGUCUCCAGUCUAUAUUCUGUACAGAUGUUCCUGUACACUAUACCGGCUUCUAGGUUAUGGCAUUCCAUGUAUGCUUUUCCUGCCAGCAUCUUACAUCCUGCUGUAAGGUGUUUACAAAUAUAUACAGUAUAUAUGUGUACAUAUAAAGAUGCAGCCAGUGGAAGUUUGGAGUUGGAGAUAAAUCAGCUGUUAGCUGUGAGUCUUCACUGCAGCUUUUACACUCAUACUGUUGUAACAUGCAAUAAUCCCAGGUGCUGUUGCAGUCCUCAGCAAAAAUAUAGUUUUUUUAGUUACUGCAAUGUCUCUACUAGUACUAAUGAUACUCUGUUUUUGUACAUGAAGGUUUUCACGUUGACUGCCACAUGUCAAAAAAAAAGGAUGGAUGAAGAUGUUGCUGACUGCUAUAGAGCAAGUUGAAGCAACCUUCUGAGCGAUGUUUUUUCAAUUUUAAAAAAGGAUGGAAAAACUAUCAUGAAUCCAAUAACAAUGUUAGAGCUUGUGCAUCUUCUGGUUAUUAAUAAAUGAAACAUUCCGUACACCUAAGCAUUCAUUGAACUUGCAAACAACACAGAAAGAGAAAUUGCAAAACGCUUAAAGGUGUCUAACAAAGGAGUCCACUACACUCUGAAGAGACUAGAGGAACCUGGAAGUUAUGAUGAUAGAAAAACACCUGGAUGAAAGAGAGUUACUACAAAAGCAGAGGAUAAACAUAUCAUUGUCAUCAGUAAGAGAGAUCAGUGAAAUACAGCACCACGAAUAAGAGAGGAAAUCGACAUGACAAGGUCGAAACCCAUAUCUCUGACAACGGUGAAAAGAUGUUUGAGAAAAGCUGGUCUGAAGGGUUGUGUAUCUGCAAAAAAAACACUACUUCAUCCACAGAACAAGAAAAAGAGAUAUGAGUGGGCAAAAGCUCACAAAAAUUGGACUUAUGAUGACAGAAACAAGUUUGAACUGUUUGGUUCAUAACGCAGAGUCUAUGUCCGCAGACAAACUGGUGAAUGUCUGAAAGCACCAUGUGUUUCACCCACAAUUCAGCAUGGAGGUGGUAGUUCCAUGGUAUGGGGAUGUUUUUGCAGGUGAUGGAGUAGGAGAUUUGUUUGAAGUUAAGGGUAUCACUCCAUCCUCCAACACCAUGCUGUUCCACAGACACAGACUUGUGGCUCAUAAGUUUGUUUUGCAGCGAGACAAUGACCCUAAGCACUCUGCCAAGCUCUGUCAGACAAAAAAGAAGAGGAAGGUGUUCUUCAAAAGAUGGUUUGGCCCCCUCACUCUCCCUAGACCUUUCUCCAAUUGAGCUUGUGCGGGUUAUAUUGGAUCAAUCGGUCAGAAAAACGCGUCCCACAAAUCAGCAAUCUCUUUUUAAUGAACUUAAGAAAGCUUGGAAUGCAAUCCCUGAAACAUACCUUAAAAAACUUGUGGAAUGAAUACCUGGUAUAUGCCAAGCUGUUGUUAAAGCCAGAGGAGGUUACUUUAAAGAAAGAAAAGUCUAAGUAACAAUAACUCAAAUACCUAAUAAUUAAAGUCAAAAUGUCUUCUGAUAAGUUACUCUUUACACAAUAGUCAUGUUUAUUGUGUUGCAAAUUAUAUAAAUGUGGAUUCAGAAUUUUUUAUUUUUUUUUUUCGUUGUGCCUUUUGGUACAAUGACAAUAAAGAAUUCUGAAAAAAGAUUUCUGAAUUCUGAAAUAGGAAACUAUGAUCUUUUUCUGUACAAAUCUGAUCUUGCUUCCAAACUUUUGGCCUGUAUAUCAUGAAAAGUUAGUCCUCUGAGUUUUUAGAUCAGAAAAUUGAUGCUGAACAGAUCCAAUCAAGACUAUAACGUUUCAUGGAGAUAUGAUUAUCAGGUUGCAAUGCACACAGUCAUGAGGAAGAGGACGCUGGGAGUUAAAUCCCUUAAAUAGGGAAUGUAAUUUUUCUCUGUUUGAUCUCCUGGCAGUAGUUUCUGGUUCUCCAAAGAGACAAAAACAGUCAUGUUAACUUUGCAGUCUGCACCAAGCAUCUGGACAUGCAAUUCAGCACAACUGAGCUAAAAGAGCCCGUCUGUCGUUUCCCAGAAGAUUGAUGUUUUGUUGCGUCGUCCUCAGCUUGACUUUCUACUUAUGACGUUCUGAUUUUCCUGCUGGAGGUCAGCUAAUCCCUGACCACUGCAGGGCAAGCCCCUUAGUUAUCACUACUGCAGCUCCACUUGUUUUCCAAUACACUGGGGGUGGGGGGGUGGGUUAUGGUUUAUUCAUGCAAGCUGUGUCUUCUGGCGUCGUAAUUCUAAUCACAUCUCAGUCAGAAACAAACAAACACAGGAAGAGGCUGAAGGUUUCUGGUUGAAUGGAUUGAAAUGACAUCGUUGAUGGUAUUAUUCAAGGAUUUUCUUGAGUGUGAUAAGAAAUAGAUUCACAGCUGUUGACACACAUUGUAGCUUUUCAAAUAGAUAUAUGCAGAAACUGUUUCUAUGUAUGAAGUGAGAGCCCUUUAUAUAGUGAUAAUGAUGCCAUAUUGAACUAGAAGCAUUGGGGGAUUUUGAAAGGGCUUUGGCUUUACUCAAGCUGAGAAGGAAAAGCCUGUAGACACUCUUAACAGUGGGGGUUAUGCAUUUCUUCCAGUUAAGUGGAGACCUAGCAUCUUUGGCUGCCAGCAUGAGGCUGGGUUUAUUUCCUAUGACAGGAAGAAAAAGCUUUAGCGGCAGCAUGACAAGAGCCGUCACACUCCUGUUUAAGAGAAUCUACUGGUAACACGGAUAAUAAGCAAUCUAGCAUAGACUGAGGCCCCCCACAGGAGGAGCAAUCCACAGACAGUCAAUGCUAAAAAGGCUGACAGGUUUGUAUAGUGCUGUAUCGAAGCAUUUUAAUGGAAACUCACAGGAAUCAGUCUAGUAGGAAAACAGGCACAAGCAACAGGGGUGACUGCAUUGUCAAGAAAUGUAAAAUCAAGUUUCCGGCGGAGCUUAACAAGAAGUAAACUGAGGCUGACCACCAUGCAGAGACAUCUUCAGGAAAGGGGCUAAAACUGUUGCUAUAACUAUAAUCAAGCCACUCCUGAAUUAGAAAUGUCAGAAGAGUCUAAUCUGGGCUAAAGAGAAGAUAAACUGGACUGUUGCUCAGUCAUCAUACAGGCUCUUUUCAGAUAAAAGUAAAUUUUUGCACUUCAUUUUGAAAUCAAGGUCCCAGAGCCUGGAGGAAAAGAGCAGAGGCACGGACGUGAGAGUGUUUGAAGUCCACAGUCCGUGACGAUUUGGGGUGUCAUCUUAUCUGCUAGCGUUGGUCCACUGUGUGUUAUCAACUUCAAAGUCGAUGUAGCCUCUAUAAGGAGAUUUCAGAGCACUUCAUGCCUCCAUCUGCUGACAAGCUUUGUAGAGAUGGGGCCACGGUCCUGAAACUACUCCUAAAUGGUUUACUAACUGUGAUAGUAUUGUGCUUGAUCAAAUGCUCAGUACUGCUUCAGGCUACGUGGUGUGUCACCAUCGCUUACAUCUUUGUCCCUUUUUUCUAGUUUUACUUAAUUCACAUUGUCCUUUCAAAACACAAAUGAUUAAGUUGUUUUGGUGGUUUUGUUUCUGAUGUGUCUUUGGCCUCAGAGGUGGUUUCUUUCAUUCCCAAACACACCUGCUCUGUCUUUAGAUAGAUAUUUCUAUUUAAAACAAACAUUUAACUGGAACUAGUCUAAUAUGUUUUGUCAGAUUGAGAAGUGCUCAUUAUUUUGGUUGCACAUUAUUUUCUUAUGGGAAAAGAUUGCUUGCCUAUUUUGUUAUUUUUCUCUUUAAACAACCUUAGUCUGUUUUCAAAUUUGCUCACAUAUUUUGAAACUUUUCAGACUGGUUGUGAAAUAACAGUAAUUAUCAUUGAACAGCGAGCAGACUCGUAUAGCUAUGGUGUUAUAAUUACUCUGUUGAACUCAUUGCCCUGUUAUCAAAGAGGAUAUCAGACACAUUAUUUUAGACAGACCUACUUAGACUAAAAAUUUAUGUUCUGCUGCAGAGUCUAGACUUACUUAAAACUUUGACUUUACCACCUUGUUAAUAUGUCAUUUUGUUAUUAUAAUUAGUGUAAUAAUAAUAUUUAUAAUAAUAAUAAUUAUUAUUAUUAUUAUUAUUAUUAUUAUUAUUAUAGUAAUAAUAAUAAUACUUAUUAUUAUUAUUAAUAAUAAUAAUUAUUAUCAGAGAUGUCCGGUAAUUUCUUUAAAUGUUCUCCUUAUAAUGUCCAUUUAUGUCUUGACUAUUAGCUAAGAAGCAGCUGCUAUAGUUGCUAUAGGGGUUGCAAGGGAUGCUACGACAUCAUUUCUGUGGACUGAUGGUGACAAUACUGCAACUAUAGAUUGUUAUUAUAUAGCCUAAUAUCACUGAGCCAGUUAUAAAAGGUAAUAAAAAGUUUGUAAAUGGAGGUGUGAACACACAAACUUACCUUUUUUGUCGAUGACAAAAUCAGCAUUUACAACUGUGCGUCUGACACAUGUCCUCUCUGCCUAAGCUGGUGUUGAGCACAGAACCUCCUCACUGCUGCAGGGUGGUGGAAAUCUCAGCAUGUGUUUUGCUUUCCCCAGAAAACUCUACCACUAAUUCAGAAUAUUAUUCCAGUCCGGCCAUGAAACUAGUUGCUUACUUGUUUUUGAUUUUUAGUUUUAUUUUAGAAAAACAAGAGAACAAAUGAUACGCAGAUUCACACGUAUUAAUAAAGUUGUUCUCGUUGACUGAAUCUGUCAGUGGAGUGAAUUUCAGAACAGGAGGAGUGUUCAAAGCAGCCCAUUUAAAUGCAAAUCACUUCUCUUUUUAAACUGUUUGUGAUUACAGUUGUUUGUCCCACUUCACAAGGUUUGAUGUGGUGUGUAGCAAAGAGAAAAAAGCACUAAACGGCAAUAUUUGCAUUUCACAGAGACGAGGCAAGAGACAAAGAAGAAUCAACUUUAGGAGAUGAUUUACUUGGAUUUGUUGCUGCGCUCUUUCUCAUAGCUGCUACAGAUUUACUUUUCAAGGACAGAAGAGUUUGUGUUUUGUAGAAAAACAAAUUUUGCUGAGUGUUUCCAUUGUAUUACAUUUGUGUGAUCCGUCUCUCAUCUGAAGUCUUGGUUAAAGAUUUCUGCUCAAGAACGUGGACAAAAUCAUUAGUAUGAAUAAAGUAUCACCAUUUCUGAAAGCUCCCUCUGAUGUUUCACCAACUUUAAUUAUAUUUUGUUUCACGCUGAUGAAUUUCAGCAUGUUUUCUUGCCUAUGAGGCCUUUGUGACAUGGUUGAAAAGACUGACUUACCAUGAAAGAAUUUAUUUACUGACUGAAGUAAGAGCUGCAAGUUUGCACCUAACCUAUAAUCUUUUAAUGACAAAUUCAUAAAAUUACAGCCUUGUCUUUCAGAGAGGGCUGAUUAUUUUGCUACUUAAUGUACCCUUUCAGAGCAGAUGAACACUUGUGUGCAGAGGGGGCAAAAGCACAUAUUCGUCGCCAAAGUAGAAGUUUAGAUACUUCAAUAAAAAGAUUUUGAGAAAGUCUUCUCCUAAGACUGAAAAAGUUCUUGCUUAAAAUUUAAACCUGGGUCUCCAGUAAACAUUAGUCCCCAAGUGGGCAGCCCAGGUUAGAUUCUGACCUGUUGUCCUUUUACCACAUUUCACAAUUCUCUGUGUCAGCAACCUGUCAAAACAGAACCAUACCACCAAAUAUAACUGCUGCAUGCAAGUGAUCCGUUCUUUGACAGAAGUGGUUCAGACUAAAAUACUCAUGAUGAUGGAUUUCUGGAAUAGACAAGUGAUCUCCUGGCCCAACUGUGAUCCAUGUAGAACUCGACAGGACUCGCCAACAGUAGGAACAUAACAGUCACUGAUUAAUGUCCAAAUUAGCAGUAAAUGAACCACUAUCUAAGCCUGCACCCUUAGACGGAGUAAUACUAGGAGUGAGUGAUAUCAAAAAAUCACAAAACUUUCCAAUGAAAAAGUAUUCAGGUACUGUUUGUUACAGACUCAGCAGACAAAGCACCUUUUCUGUUUCCCUUGAUUUUCCUGUCCUCUACAUGUGAAUGACGUGUUUUUGAACAAGGGGGGAAAAAAACAUUUCAUCGUGCUUCCUUUUCACAGUUAAACGCUUUUCGUGCUGUUUGUCAUCUUUAUGGAAAUUGGGUGGAAAAUGACAAUGUCAGACUGUAAGUUAUGAAUCCUUUCAUAAGACAAAGACAAGCCUCAGCAGAACAGGUGUCUAGAAUGUGUGUAUAGAUGUAAUCUUAUUUCUGAUGGUCUGGUAUGUAUUUGCUGGUUGUAGAGACACAUUAUAGUCUGUUUCAUUACCUGUUAUUUACAUACAAACUCCUCAUGAUAGGUUUGAAUCACAAUAUGCAGUGUGUAAAUUGAUGUAAAUCUGCUCUUUUGUGGAGGGAAAUGCUGGCUGCUUCAUUUUAUUCAUGCUGCUACAAGUUUCCUGUCAGAUACAGAUAAACACUUCUCCUUGGAAAAGCUUGUCUUUUGCAUCUGUUAAAUCUUUACACAUCAACUACAUAGUUUUAUUCAUCCUCUGUUAUGGUAUUAUCUAUAUAGUAUAAUCUUCCCAGUGUAUAAAUAUCCCAUCCAAUCAAGUAUAGGAUUGAAACUUAAUGUUUUCAUUCACAUCAUGAUGUUAUAAAAUAGCCCACACCAAUUAGCAUUUUCCUAUUGCCUAAGGUUUUCUAUGACAGAACUUUUCAAACCUGUUUUGAAGUUUUUUUUCAUUCAACCAGUCCUGUAACACUGCCAAAACUCAUGCAGCGUUGCCAUCUGUGAUUGAUUAAUGUCUGUUUUUUUCAAUUUUUUUUGCAAAACAAAAAGAAAAACUUUGCCGGUGAGUCAGUGAACGUCUGAAGAAACACAGCCAUUUACAUUUCUCUGCCUCUGCAGGAACACUGAAAUUGACUUUGAAAGCAUCCUCUUCUAAAAACUGAAGCUGUGUAAUCAGGCUUCUCUUUUUCAAUUUCCUAACAAUAACUUUCAUCUUCAUGUCCUUUUUUUGUCUCUGCUGUCUCCUCUUCCUCUCCAUAUUCAGUUUGAUGUCAGGUCUAGCUGCCUUGGAUGCCAAAUGCUCCAGCCGUCUGGGUAUCAUGACCAUCUCCUACUACCUCUGGACCACCUUUGUUGCCGUGGUAGUGGGUAUUGUCAUGGUGUACAUCAUCCACCCAGGUGGAGCUGCUCAGAAGGAAGACUCAGAUGAAAGCAAGAAGCCGAUGACGAGCUCUGCUGACGCUCUGCUGGAUCUCAUUCGGUAAGACACAACCACGUUUCCUUUCACAUGCUUAGAGCUGAGAGGAGAGGAAACCGUCUCAUUUAGAUAAAAAGUCUAGAGUUUCCAACAUAAUUAUGCUACUUUGUUAAGUGUACAGUUAAAACUGUCAACUGUUAAAUCAGCGUCAUUUUUUUUAUGUCUAAUAUUUUUUAUCCAAUGGAAAUUAGGCCCUAUGUUCCCACAGCCUUAUGUCACCACACAUAUUACACAGUGACAUUAACAAUAUGUAGAUCGUACUGAAUACUUAGAGGGUUUAAGUUACACUGUGGAUAUAUAAGAUUAUAUGUUAGAUUUUAUUGCCCUUUACAAGGAUAAUUGUGUCCACCUCCGUACAUAAACCUUUUUUUUUACUUAUUACAUCACACCCAUAGACAUGUUUCCAUAAGUCAUUACACAGAGGUGUCGUCGUAGCAGAACAUGCACUGUGUGGUAACUACCGCUAACAUUUUUAGCCUCUUCAGUUUUGUGAGAGUUCUCGUAACAGUUUGCUAACAAAGUUUGUGUUUGUGUAUCAAGCUACAGUAAAUCCACAGUAAAAAGAUUCAAAAGUUUGGCUCAACUGGUAGAGCAGGUGACCCGCUGUUGUUGGAUCAGUCAAUAUUUUUAUCUAAAAUCAGGUCAGAAACUGUCAAAGUGUUGUGAAAGGGAGAGUUAACUUUCUUAGUGCCAUAUUCGGUGUCCUUGGUAAAGAGUGGAUGAGCAGCUGAUGGUUUAUUUGUGUUAACCUGUACGAGGUUAUCUGCUCCUGUGGAUGUUUUUGCUGUGUGUUGUGCAGCUUGUUAGUUUAAUGGAAACAGUUCCGGGGUUCAAAGUGUUAAAAGUGGAACUAAAAUGAGAGUGACUAGAACAAGGGGGUCAACAACCUGUGACAUCAGUGCACUGGUGAGAGGUAGGUGUAGCGAGAACAUGCUGCACACCUGAUGCCAAAUUAACAGACAGCAGAAGGCUUCCGGAUCUAUUAAGGUGAAGCCUGUCUGCCCUCAACAGAUGUCUUCUGUCUCAGAGGACAUUAAAGUUGUCGAUAAAGCCCAUGCUGUGGGAGCCACAGACAGAAUGAAGCCAGGUGUAGAGGCUAAGCAGCCCGCUCGAAAACCCUACAGCCACAGGUGGGGGUGAGGCACAAAGUCUAAAGUUAGAUUUGGGACUUUCUGACAAUGUUAAAAUGGUGGCAGAAAUCCAGUCACUCUGAGAUAAAGUGAACGGAGAUAAUCACCUUGAAUUGUCCAAGAGAUAUAAGAGUGUCCAUCUCCAGGUACAGGUUGUCCAGUUAAUCAUUGGCGUUACGUACAGAGAUGAAAAGUUCAGUAAGAGAUUUAAGAAUAAAAAGACACAAGUGCUUAUCACACCUCAGAGAGCAAAAAUAACAUGGCUGCCAUUUUCCCCCGGUGCCACUCUAACAGAGGGAGACUCAGAUGCAGGUAUACUGUCAAAUAUAACUCAAUUCAUAUAGAUGACAAGUAACUGAAAAACUAAGAAAGGUUAAAGUUUUAUUUAAAACAAAAAUGGUUACAGUCAGCCAACAGCUAAUGUUAGCAUUCAUACACAUCAGCCUUUGCUGCUGAGGACUGACAGAGAAUUUAGAGUCAAUUUUUUCUCAAAAACAGGCUGAAACAAGUUGUCCCAUUAUUCAAUUGUUGAAGACUGUUAUGUCUUCAGUGUGUCAGAGAAGGAAUUAUCCAUUUUUUAUCUUAUUAUAAAUUUAUUUGAGGGAAGCUAAGAAGACCACAAUGGUUAAAUAAUGACUGAAGUAUCUCUCCAGAGGUAGUUGAAAUAAGGUCAAACUGAAAGUUUCAACUUUUAUUGUUGAAGGAUAUAAACGAAUCAAUUCUGCAGGACAUAGUCUGUGCUAUGUCAAUAUUAAAGCUCCUGUGAGGAACCCUUAGUCCAUGUCAAUCUUGGUGCCCCCUGUGGACUAAACAGUUUUUACCUAUCUUGUCCUCUACAUGCUGUAAUAGUGUCUUAUUCCCUACAAAAAAAACUAAUAAAAGAGGACUAUUCAAGCUUUUCAUCACAGUGACAUCUUUAAAACUUAAUUUCAACAGGAAAUGCUCAGCAGAUCAAAUCAAGUAGUUACACAAUACAUUAGAAAAGAUGCUAUUUUACUUGUUGUAACAGGCUUUUUUCUUCGCUCAGUGAGUAUGUGGUUUCUGGAAUUUCUACUGCCACUCAGCAAACUGCACUUCAGCAUCUACCUUAUUUCUCUAGACUGGAGAUUACCACUCGGAGUGAAAACAGGAAAAUGUGCAACUGGAGAAUAUGGCUUUACUUUUUAGUUUCUGUUUGCUGCUUCACCAUAGAUUUUAAAACAAACAAAAAGAUGACAUCCAAGGGACCAAAAUACCACAUACUUGAGUAGGAUAUGCUAUUUUACGGUACAAGGAUGACGGUUUAUGUCAGCAACUGCAACAACAUCAUGAAACCAUUUUAUACAAUAAUGGCUGGAACAUUCUAUUGAGGUCUAAUUUCACAGCAAAUUUCACACUAAACUGCUGCUCCUGUGAGUGCAAAUGUUCAUUUUUCUUCCUCUUUACAUCCGACAGAGAAUAGAGCAAACAUGGCAUUAGCAUGUUAAUCCUAAAAGAGAUGCUUCCUGCUCAGCACCCCUGUUGAAAGCUAUUUUUAAACUCCCCUACCUGUGAUAGGUUAAUUUCUUGCUCUGCGUGCCUUUUCCUGAGCUCUGGAGUCGAGGUAUUGCUGCUCCAGGUCAGGGCAUGAGGCCUGGAGUCUCGUGUGCCAGUGGGUUAGUGCGCUAAGCUAAUUAUCGCUGCUGAAGGAUGGAGUGUUUGAGGUGAACCUGGGUCAGUCCCACAGCGUGAGGAAUGACAGUGAGGCCUGGGAGACACUGUGUCAGUGUGACAGUCGGUCAGUGGGCUAAAGUGACCGAGAGAGAGACACCGGGAGCUGCUGAGCUCACGACUCCGCCGGCAGGAUAUUUUAGUUUACGGUGUUUUGUUCUGAAUGCAUGAUUAACUGUGACAAAAAAAAAGAUUGAUUUGUCGUCAAUUAAAACAUUUUUCAAGUUAAAAAGUUAGUUUAUCUUUAUUUCUAUGCUGCUAAGUGUUUUAUUUUAGAUAAUGAAAAGUUGAAUCACACAAAAAUAUCAACUGUAUUUGAACGAGUUAUUUUCAACCAGAGAGUAAAAAAAAGGAACAAACUGUCCAAGCCUCAGAAAUCCACCCAUGCACUGAUCAUGUGGUAGAGGUGAACUCUAUCCUACACGGGAGCUCAGUGCAUGUGUGUGUGUGUGUGUGUGUGUGUGUGUGUGUGUGUGUGUGUGUGUGUGUGUGUGUGUGUGUGUGUGUGUGUGUGUGUGUGUGUGUGUGUGUGUGUGUUUCACAGAGCACAGCUGUGCUUUGGAUUUAUCUCGCAAAGCUUCUUUACAGCCUUCAUCUAUCAUGCAGGCAUACUAUAUCUGUACACUCACAAAUGGGACCUACUGUCUGCAGCCCUACGUGGGUGUGUGUGGGUGUGUGGCUGUGUUAAGUGUGUAUAAUGGGUACAGUAUGUACUGUAUGAAUAUAUACAUACUUGGAUUUAUGUAGUGAGUGUUUCAUUAGCCUGCUUUUCUCUGACUAAAGCACACGAUAUACUGCUAAAGUGGUCAAAUCCAUGCAGGAUACACACUGAGCUGCACCAUAUUGUCCCUGUAAAUUUCACCGUAUGUCUUUUAAAUCACUCUAUUUAAUAUACAGGCUGUAAAUAUCAAUACGGCUUUUAAUCUGUUUGCUGUUUGCAUUUUGAUGUUGAUAACAGCUUUGUGUUGAUAUGGGAUUGACAGUCUGUUAUGCAGCACUGAUUCAGUUUUGACGAACAGACACUCCUCCCUGAAUAAAAGAUGCGACACAACGCAUCAUUUUCACCAGCCUGGAAUCUGAAGGCAGCAAUAUUAAACAGCUAUAAGGGGAAAAUCAGAGGUGAUUUUCAGUUAGGUAAAAAAAAAAAACUAGAUUCUCAGAUUAAAGUUUCAAGAAGAGAUUUAUGCCAUUUUUACCUCUACAAAUAUCCUUUGUAUUGUCGUUUUAAAUAGUAGUUAUUAUGUAAUAUCUUCUUUUCAAGUUGUUUUGGCAACAACCCAGCCACUUUGGUUGUGAUACGGUUUAAGAUUUCUCUUUAUAAAAGCUGUUAGAAAGCAUCACUGCACCGGCAUAAAAAUAUGAAUACUGUAUGUGAAGUUUUGUUUAUGUUAUCUUUUUUUUUAUUUAAGUGCUAAUAGAAAAAAAAGGAGGAAAAUUGAUGGAGUUAAAAUGCAAAUAACAUUUCUACAAUCAAAGAAUGAAAUUAUAGUAAAUUGAAUAAUAGAUCAUUAUUUUAAAAAAGAAGAACUAGUCAACUCUCAAAAUAUUAAGAGGCUGAUUUGCAAAAGGAUUGAGAUGUGUUUGUACCCAGAACAAUAACAUUAAAAAUGUUAGCACCAUGGAGGUAGUCAGGUAAUAAGAAAACAAGACUCUUGUGCAAAAAAGAAAAAUUGAUCUUAUAUACAAUGUUUUUUUUUUUUUAUCACCUGCAUGGAUGACAAUGAUUUGAAAUAACAGUGAAGCUUGUAGAGUAAGCAACACAGCGAUUAUGAUGAUAAAUUUAUAUUCAGAGGCUUUAUCUCCCACUGACAAAGUACACGUGUGUUCAAGGCUAGACUAAAUAUACACCUUUUCUCCUGAAUCUGUGAAUCUAAACAGUGAAUGUUUCUCAUAGUUGAUGAACAUGAGUUAGAAAGAAGCUGAUGAGCUAUUAAACAUGUUUCACUUGAAAUCUGUCCAACUGUUUCCUCUGUUUUUUAAGCCCAUGUGCUAAUGGAAGUCAUUGGAGAAAUCCAAUCUUACACUUAAUGCCUCUGAUUAGAGGAUGAUACUAAUCCUUAAUAUACACAGUGUAAUCCAUCCAUACUACAGUAAAUAACAGUACGAGCUACAUGAAGUGUGCUCUGCACUCACAAAUAUUUUCAGUGACCGUCUCUGUUUAGUCCUUUGGUCUGAUUGUGUUUAACCAAAUUGAUUUUGUUUUUGUUGAUGGCCUAUGGCUGGUGUACAGUAGACUUUCAGCUUUGAGACAUUAGCAUUACUUCUACUAUUUUGGCACUUAGACUCCAUUGCUACCCUCCACCCUGUUGUGGUUCUUGUUUGUGUCCAGUUUUGCUUCUUUUUGCCUCCAGCUCAUGCUGUCUCAUCUUUGUGACCAAAGCCUUGAAAGGGUCUAUAAAACUGUUGUGAACAAGUUUUACAAGUGCAUGGAUUUAAGUACACGGAUUCUCAUUCUCAGGCCUUUAUUUGCAUACACACCAUAUUUUUUGCACUAUACGGCACACCAUCAAUGAACGUGUCUAUUUUUAUACAUGAGGCGCACCAAAAUACAGUGACACAUUCACAUUCUGUAUCAGUGUCCUUCACCUGGUACACUGGAGCCUUAAAAGAACUAUUGAUAAUAUCUCUACGUAAAACAUCUUCAUUCAGGCAAAAUUGCUGUUGAACUUCUGUGAGUGCUUUUCUUUAAAAUCAAAGAAUGUUGAGAGUCGAUAGAAAAUAGGACAGGAAUAGAAAUUUGAAUAAGAAGUUGUUUUUUUUCUCUCUCUGUCUAUGACUGUCUUUAGAGCCAUGAAGGAGGAGUUUGACAAUUGAGCUCCUGUCUGACAGCAAGGCCUCGGGCUGCUACUUGUUGAAGGUCACUGUCAUGAGUCACAGCCAACUACGAGCAAUCAUAGCUGUGCGAGGUGCAGUCACAUUACCUCUGAAGUGAUCAUUCAAAGAUGGUGAUAAUGCACUUGUUGCUGUUCUUUCUUCUGCUUAUGUUACAGAGCAACAGUCGAACAACAUACAAUCUAUACUUCCUCUUGCAUGGUGGCCUUGUUUGAUUAGCUCACUGACAAGCCAGCUGUAAUGAAAAUCAAUGAGCUCAGAGGGUUCAAUUGAAGACAAUAUGUCUAUAUUUCAUCCAUGCUGUUGGAGGUCACAGGGAGCUGAUUCAUGUCCCUAUUCACUCCGGGUGAAAGAUGAAGAUCACCCAAUUACAGGUCAACAGUACAGACUCAUACAAACUUUAUAGACUGCAUGUUCAUCUAAUCCAAUCCAUGCUUCUUUAUUUAAAUAACACAUUUUAAAAAGCAUUCGAGUUUACCAAAGUGCUGCACAGUAAAAUUAAAAGAACAAACACUGCAGAAGUUAAAAAAAAUAAUAAAUCAAGAGGAAAUAAAUAAAUGCAGGUAAAAAAAAAAACAUUUAAAAUGAAAUAAAAUAAAUGAAAUAGAAACACAAAAACAUAAAAUAAAUAGAAGUAAUAUGAUCAUGGUCACAGUAACACCUUACCACAGUAAGUGAGCCACUUAGUGUUGAUAAUGAAGUUUAACUGGCUUUAUUGGGCUGUGGGAGGAAUUAGAAGAAUCUCCAGGAAACUCACACGAGCAUAAUGUUAACAUGUGGAGCUCCAUUUAGAAAAGAAGUAGUUCAUUAUUAUCUUUUUUUAAUUAGUGUAAGAUAGGCAAGUAACAAAGAAAAGCAUGUCAGGGUUGACCACAGGCUACACAAUCACUUAGAGCAUUUAACUGUUACUGGUACUAACAACAGGAGUGAGCAGCUGUAACAGUUUGUAUAUAAAUGUAUAAAGUUCCAGAACGAAACAAGGAAAUCACUCACAGUUUUUUCUCCACUCAGCUUUUCUUCAACUCUGACAGUGUUCACUGAAUGUCAACACAUGUGCACCUCACUCUACUUAUCUGUCAACUGACAGGCCAUUAGACAAAUCCAUGUAUCCUAAAUGAUGGGCUUGUCUUUCUUUCCAGAAUUGCUUUAUUUUAUUAUCUGCAAUAUAAGACCCAAAAGAUACUUCUCAAAUUAGGGAAAUUACCAGGAGGGUGGCACAGUGGUGUAGUGGUUAGCACUGUCACUUCACAGCAAGAAGGUCCUGGGUUCGACUCCAGGUCAGGGCAUUUCUGUGUGGAGUUUGCAUGCUCUCCCUGUGUCUGCGUGGGUUUACUCUGGGUACUCUGGUUUCCUCCCACAUCCCAAAAUCAUGCAGAAGUGGGGUUAGGUCAAUUGGCCACUUUCAAAUUGCCCGUAGGUGUGAAUGUGAGUGUGGAUGGUUGUUCGUCUCUAUAUGUCAGCACUGCGAUGAACUGGCAACUUGUCCAGGGUGUCCCCAGCCUUCGCCCAAAGAUGCUGGGAUUGGCUCCAGUCCCCCCAGAAUGGGAAUACGCAGUAGAAAAUGGAUGGAUGGAUGGAAAUGAGUCAACAGAGAACACAUAUUUUUUGCAGUAGUCUCUUAAUUUCUUUCAGGACAGGAUAUGGUGUAGAUUGUGCAUAGAUGAAAUUAUCAAACCAGUGACUUCAUGACAUUAAAGCAGUCAGACAACAGUGCAAGACAAGGAUAGCAAAGGAUGCUGAAAUACACAUUAUGCUGCUUGUGUAACAGGUUCCUCACUUACAUGGAUGUGGUACAGGGGCUUGAUAAAAUAUGUACAGAGUACACAGUUUGUGGAUUUGCAUUCAUGAAAAAACACAGUUAAUGUGUUGGCACAAAAGAUGUUUUUGUGACAGGGUUGUUGUGGAAUAAAUGUCCCAAACUGGGAUUGCAUUUUCUUUCCAUCAGAGCAGCCUCCUAAGGGAACAAAAAUACAUUUGUGUCAUCUCAACUUUAGCUUGAUUCAUUUCCCCCUACAUGUGUAAUGCAUUUUUACCUCUAAUUUCUAAUUUUUCCUACCUAGCCUUUACCUGCUCCUUAUAAUUCCCCUUCAACAUCCUGUGUCAAUGUGUCCUCUCCUGUGUUGCAUUCAGCACUUUUGCUCAUCUAAGAGAUAAGAGUGGGCUAUUUAGAGCUUUCAUUCAUACUAUCUGGGCAGCAUUUAAUGCUGAAAAGAUGAAGAUUUGAAGGUUUCCAUUAGCAAAGAUCAAUGCAGACACAUGUACAUUGAGGGUUCGAACUCUGAAAGCCUCUGACUCCUGAAUUCAAGUGAUCUAAAUGCAGAAAAGGGCAUCAUUUUCUGCCUGGUAAAUGGAUGCCCAUUACAAAAAGGAGAAGGCAAAAAAAGAAGUUGAAUUACAAGAAUAGAAGAGAUGAAGAUCCUGAAGGUUAAAAGUUUGACUUGCAUGGAAUUUUAAUACUGAUUUAAAAAAUGCUCAUUUUGGCAGCUGUCAUUUUUAGAUCUGGAAAUAUGGACUUAAUCUCCAGCUGUGUUUCUAUAAAUCCAACUGUUGAUUUAUUAUUUUUGAGUCUUUUUCCAGAAGGACAGUAAUAUUUCUCUUUUUAUUCUCUUUUCCAGCAACAUGUUUCCAGCCAACCUGGUUCAAGCCACUUUUCAACAGGUAAGCAAAGUUUUUUAUUAUUAUUUUUUUAAUAUGACAAAGACACAAAACAUUUUUACCGAAAAACAAAGAGCAUCACUAUUCAUUCAUAAAUUUGUGUUUAUUUUUAUGCUAAAAUAAAGUCUUAGUUUGGUCGACAGUUAUCGAGGACAAUAAAAAAAUACAAUGUCUCAAAUUAAUGUUCUUGCUGUAGGGAUGGGUAGAACUUUAACUCUACUUACAGUACAUACAAUAAAACAAAGAUUUUUUUAAUAGCAUAGUAACUAUGCUAACUGUAAGAUUCUAAGACAUUUAUAAGGGCUUAUAAAAACUAGCAAACAGAAUUUAACAAGUCAAGCUGACCACACGAUGUGUUUAAAAUAAGAUCAUAAAAAACAUAAAAAGCUGUAGGCUUAUAUUUAUAUUCAUAAGCAGGCUACAAACCACUGAAAAGAUCUGGACAAGGGUGUCAUUGUUUCAAGAUAAACUAUCGAUGCACUGAGCAGCACUUUCAGAGUCUUAAUUAAACUUUAAAAGCAUUUUGUGAGGACCUUAGAGAGCUUUAAUACAGGUCAUCUGAACUCAAAAUGUUUCCAAAUUCCUGUAUUGUUUUCCAUGCAACCCAAGAAUGAUGGAAGCUAGCCAUUUCCAUUAGUUUCAAGUCAUUAUGAUAGUCUAAGCUAACAGGCUAAUUUUUGUAGCUUUGCCUGCUGCCUACAAAUUCAUUGAAUUUGUUUUUUUCAUUGACCAUCACAUCAUAUCAGCCCCAAAACAAACACAGUUCAUGUCUUUACAAAACUCUGUUUUAAAGCUCUCUGUCUUCAGACAGCAACAUUUCUUAUUUCUGCUCUCCAUGCUUGUUCAUUUCUUUGAGAUGCUCACUGAGUUUAUGCAGUUUGUUAGUAGCAGUAAUGGUUGAAUUAUGCAUGCACAGCUCCAUAGUUCGGGGAUCUGGAUCGCAGAUCUUGUGUUAUCAAAUCAUCAGAAAAUGUAUCACCAUGGUGCCACUGAUUAAAAGAAAGCAGCUUUUAAACUGAGUUUGAGAUUGAUGAGAACAGCCCUCCCAAUGUCAAGAAAGUUCUUUUUCUAAUAUCGUUCCAUAACAUUGUGCAAACUUGCAAAAGCUUGUUAAGUAUUGAUAUUUCAUUAGGUAUGGUUAGUAUCAAAUGAUGCUUUGACUUUUCCUCCUCUCACUGUCACUGUGUCGACACCGAUUUGUGAUUAGCUGUCAUGUGUUACACCCAUAGACUGUAUAUAGAAUGGACAGCGUCUGCCUCCUCGCUGGGUGAAGCCACUCCGAGAACAGCACCCUCUGUUGAUGGGCUGCAGUAUAGGUCAUAAAUCCCGCCUCCUCCAGCAAAGCUCAUGGAGCUGUGGACAAACUUUAGAAAUUUAUUACACAGGACAUAAAUUUUUCUCCCGCCUGCUUGUGAUGUUGACAUAUAGUUAUUGUAAGACUGGUUUGUGCUCAAGUCCUCUUUUUUCUGUUCAGCUCUGUUCCUACAAGUUAUUAGGGGGUUCAUGUUUGCUACGAGUGACACCUGAUACAGGUGGGUGUUCAGGGAUUGCGUAGCUAACCCUGGGAGAUACGUUGUUUGAGCCGAGCGUCAUCACAGUGACUCUCAGUGACUGCACGGCCGAAUGCGCGCAUCGCUACUGCGCAACGCUGGUUUCAGGAAAUGAAGAAAAAUCCUGGAAAUAUCGAGAGCUUUUUGGCUUCAAAUCCGUAUACAGGCGGUAGGCGGAACCAAGUUGUCCAUAGUACAUACAGUCUAUGGUUACACCAGUCAGUCACUUAAUGUUGUUAAUGUUUCCCCACAGCCUGCUAAAGUCUGCAACUUAGCCUAUUAACCAAACUUCAUCAUCAAGCACUGUGAUUGGUCAAAAAAUCUGAGGCUAUAGUCCCGAAGCCUGUCUGAAUGCAUUUCUUAGUAACUCAUAGAGCUAGUGCUAGCAACAACUGGUCACACACACACACACACACACACACACACAAACACAUGCUAAAUCAGUAAUGUGUGUGUUCACCGCUGUCGAAGCUUAAGUAGAGAGGACACCUGUUUAGUUUCUGUCCCUUCUGUGAUGUUCAGUAUCUUUUAUUACCAGGGCAACAAGCUUCAUAUUGCAGCUGGAGGUCUGGCACUGUAUUUGCCGUGAAGAAAAUUGUGAAUGUGAUCUGUUAUUAAGUUGCAGACAGGAGGAACAGAAACCUAUAUUACAGAGAACCUUUUUUUUUGUAAAUCUGUGACACAAAUCACCGAUACAAUCUGGACCGUGAGAUUUGUGACCCUUUGCAACCCUAGAAACAGGAAAUGAAAUAUGAAGAAUUCACUGUUAAUGAAAUGCAGUAAUCCCUGUCAUAGAAAAAAAUGCAGAACUAUUACCACCCAUAGUAUGAGCCCACAAAUAUGUCCUUAUAAUGUCACAAUCUGUUGUCAUAGUUACUCCUCUGACAGUAGGGCUGUUCAUCUGUUUUGUUUUCAAGUAUCGAACCCAAAGAGUCGCAGAGCUCAUUCCCAAACCUACAGUGGCUCAGCUCCUGGAUGAGACCACCACUCGAAGGGUUUACAUCUAUGGCAUCCAGGAUGACAACGGCACCGACGUCCAGAACUUCUCCCUGGAUCUCACACCGCCUCCUGAUGUCAUCGUGAAAACAUCACCUGGUACCAGUGAGGGCAUGAACGUGCUGGGGAUUGUCAUUUUCUCUGCCACUAUGGGUGAGUGGUUGGCAUGGCGUCUGAACAAACACAUGCAGACUGCUUUACAUAAAUGUACAAAAUUGGUGAACCCACAAAUGGCAUUCUUAUCAAAUUAUGAACAGAUGCUCAAAAGCCUGAAUCUAUUUAUUUAGGAAGAAAAAAAUGUUUCUUUUUCCUUUUUUCUUUUUUACAGGAAUAAUGUUAGGACGAAUGGGACCCAAUGGAAGUGCUUUGGUCAACUUCUGCCAGAGUUUGAAUGAGGCUGUCCUGAAGAUUGUUGCCAUCGUUAUCUGGUAAGAGAUUUAUCUUAAAGCAAACACUGAUAUGUAAUAAAAUUAGUUUAUUAGUAUAAAUAAAAUCAAAAACACAAAUUUUGACUGAUUUUGGCAACACUGAUAGGACUCUUAAUCAGUAUUAGUUUGGCACCAUUAGGAGAAAUGUGGUAAGUUGGUAAUAUUAUAAUGAUGAUACAUUUUCUUUGUAGGCGCCUUUCAGGGCACUCAAGGACACCUUACAGGACAACUAAAAGACACAUCAGUAGGAUAGUAAAAUCAAUUUUAAAAAAAACAUCAACACAACAAAGUUUUAAAUAAAAAGUUGUAAGUCCAGAUUCUGCAGCAGAACAUCAAAUGCUAGUCAGAGUAGGCCUGUCUGAAAUAAUGAGAUUUCAGGCCGCAUUUGAACAUGGGGAUGAGUCAAAGAUCCUAAUGUCAGGGGGGAGGGAGUUCAAAAGGCGGGGAGCAGCGUGGCUGAAGGCUCUGGAUCCCAAGGUGGACAGGCGGGUGUGAGGCAUACUGAGGCUGAUGGAGGAGGCGGACCUGAGAGUCCGGGUGGGAGUGCAUCAAUUGAGCCCUUAUACUGGCUUACAGUACCUCUUUGACUGCAGCACAACGGAGAGAAGAUAUUUAGUCUCAAGCAAAAUGUUCCUAGUAAACAUUACAAUAUAAUGCUUGUCUUCUCUUUAGCUUUCUUGGUCAUGCAAUGAGGUGGACAAUUUUAGUUUAUAUAUGUCUUCACUUUAUAGCUAUCCACUGAGCAAUAGAUGGGGCUAGUAGACGUCUAGUUUUUUUAGACACUUUAACCCAUUAUUCGAUAACUAUUUAUUUCAAAAAGCAACCAUGAGUUGCAUAACUGAUCUCCAAGUACUUAUCCAAAAUAAUUAUGAUAGCCGCUGAGCAAUAUACAGUGUAGUAUAGAUAUAGCCCAGAUUUAGAUUUAGUCUAAACUUGGUCUAAGUUUAGAUGUCUAAAAAAACUUUCAUUUUUAGAAUUGUGGUAGCCUGAUUUUGGACCAGUCGUCUAGGCUACAUUUAGACGUCUGUUGGACCUCUUUUAGACCAAAAAAUGCUCAGUGGGUAUUUAUGUGACACUUCACUAAGAAGACCCAAAAGCGAGACUCAGAGAGAAGUGGGUGCUGAGUGGGUUUUAUUUACAGAACAGAAAGGCUUUAACAAAGUCAGAGUAAAAGGUCCAGGAGUGGGUAGGUUGUUGGUUGGCGGUGGAGAUACUGAAGGUUACGUGGAGAGCACCGUAGAGACAAGGAAACACUGGAAACUGAACAAUAGCUUACAGGUACACACUAGAGAGCCUGGAUAGCACUGUGAGACAAGGACGAAUUGGCAGCUUGCAGGAGCCUGAGCUGGAGCUUAAGAGCAUCUGCUGAUUGCCACUGAUCAGGAGCAACUACGUCUCAUUAGAGUGAAGGCCUCCUCACCACACCUCCACCAGCCACGACUGCAAGAAGCACAAAAACUUCCUAACACAAAUACAGGACAUACUAAACACAAUCAAUAAUCCAAGAAGGGCUGGAAGCCCAAACCAUAACAAUCUAAUUGAUUUCUUUUCUUUUGACAAACAGAUCAUCUUGAGGCUUUCAUUCAAAUUUCUCACUACCGAUGACUCAAAAUUCUCCGGAAAUCCUCAAAAUACAGUAUCUCCACAUCAAUCUAUGAUGUGGUUGUCCUAACUUUGUGGUUUCUUGAUGUUUUACCUAUUUGACUUUUGCCAUCAUUCACCCACUUUUAUAAAUCUGACCAUAUAUUUUUAUCAGUGGUAUUCCAAUGAAUUUCAGCAGCACCUUACAGUCUAAACGAAUUUUCAUCUGCCAAGCUCGAAUGGUGAUACAGCUCAACAAUAUACUCAUUUGUUACCUGCUAUGUGUCAGCAUUGUCAUUGAUCGAUGUCAUUGCUUUUCGAAUAGCAAUGAUAUUCUUAUUGGCAGAUAAUAACCUGAAACAUUAACUAUCUGUAUCAACAGAUAUAAAAACUUCAGAAGAUGUGAUUAUCAACAAAAAGAUGAUGUAUUAGUUAUGUGCAGCAAUGACAGCUUACACAUAGUGGUCUUAGAAGUCUUUCGGAGCAUGUUGGAUACCUUUGUUGAUACCGAAGCACAUUUUAAAGUACAUAAAUUCUGCCAUUACAGGUACUUCCCCUUUGGGAUCGUGUUCCUAGUCGCUGGUAAGAUCCUGGAGAUGGACGACCCUUCAGCCAUGGGGAAGAAGCUCGGUUUUUAUGCCAUUACAGUGGUAAUGGGUUUGGUGCUGCAUGGUUUAUUCAUCCUCCCAGCCAUGUACUUCUUCAUCACUAAAAAGAGCCCCAUUGUUUACAUCAGAGGCAUCCUGCAGGCCCUGCUGAUCUCCUUGGCCACCUCCUCCAGGUAACAAAUAAAAUUUCUUCCCAUAUUUACUAAAGCAAACCCUACGAGUUUAUUAUUAACCUUUGGACUCUUUUUUUCACAAACAUGGAUCUGUUUAACUGAGUAAGUUUAAGAUAAUGAAACAUCUUUAUUUUGUUCGCUGCAUUACUUUGUUUAUUUAUCCCAACAAAGACAAAUAUAAUCAUUAUUUUAGUCAAUCGAAGAUGCCUGGUGAUUCUUAAAGUGAACCCAGAGGUGCAAUCUUUUCAAAAAACAUAGUUAAUACAAACAAAUAUUGCCGGUCAUGAUUUUACUGCAACAACUGAUACCGUGUUACACUAUGAUAAACUUCGGUUAAUGGUUUGCGAAAGAUGAGUAACUCUGAUUGUGGUAGGAGGGCUUUUACUCUGCAUUCCCAAGGAAAAUGGAGUGGAGAAUGGUUGAUGGAGUUCACCUUGGAUGAAAAUGGAUGUUUGUUAGCUUACCGUGACCUUUGUAACCUUGUGCAUCUACCCUUAAUGUUGUGCUAAAUUGUAGACUUCUCCAACAAUGAACCUUAAAGCUUUUACAGUGACGUCAACAGUAUUACCAGUGUGUUUUCAAGUGUUUACACCAUGUAGAAUACUUAUUUACUUUUUAUGGUGCAUGUUAUUAUGUGUUUCUAUAGCUGUUUCAGGGGAAAACAUAGGCAAUAUAAAACAUGGCUGUGUUCUCGGUGAAAUCACCCAUUGUUUUCUAACAGGUUGUUAUACAAGAGCUUUCAGAUGGUUAUUGCCAACUGCAAGGCCAAGAUGGUUUUGCAAACAAACAAAUGACCAAAACAUGUGCUUCGAGAAUACUAGUCUAAAACGCACACUUGGAGAAAUAACUAGUCUGUUAUGAUAGAUGCAGCUGUUAUUGUAACCACUAUAUUGUUCCAUUACCAAGCACUGCGAACAAAAUGUGAAGCAGGUAUGGUCAACUCCUUAGGUUACAGCAGCUGUGUAACAUUGUCAUUACAGCCAUCCUCACUGCUGCUACAGUGCACAGGCAUCUAUAACUGGAUUCGUCUUUAAGAAGAGGCACAGAGGCAGAAUUAAAAGGAGCCUUUAACCUCCAGGCCAAAAACUGCCAUGCAUCCUCCUGUCAGUGAAGUCAGCUACACCCUUGUUAAGCUUAAUGAUGCAAAACUUGCUUAAAAAAAUUCAUUUUUUUUUACAUUUUUUUCCUCUGCAGUAAGUUCAAAAGAUAGAUAGGCUAUAGGCUAGACCUCAACCAUUGUCAGUUCCAGGAUGUAAACAUGUUUAUUUCUGCUGUAAAUUGGGCAUGUCAUCAUAAAAUGGGUGCAAAUGGAAAUCCCUAAAGUAUGAGAUUCUGGAGGGACUACUGUUUCCUUCUGCAUUGGCUUUAUUUUUUAAUACCAAGAAGUUUUCUGCUAGGGUAAAACCAAGCUACUUGCAUUUGGAAGCAUCCAGAUCUUAUAUAGCCAAACUUUCUCACAAGGUAAGGAAACCCACAAGCAACUUCUGAUAGAUUUCUUAUCACAUUUCUCUCUUUACAUGAUCAGCCAACUCUUGUACAAGAUCAUUUUGACUUUAUCUAAACAGCACCACUCUUAACUUUAUAAAGCGUAUUCUCAACCUGGUCUUACUGUGAUUUGCGGCAGUCUUAAAGUAAGGCUUUCUGGCCUCUCCCACAGCUACACAGGUUUUCAAAACUGACAUUUCAUAAUCUAAGCUCUCAGCAUGUCAUUGUUUCUUGGUGUACAAGUAAAAAUAUCGGGUUCUUCGAACUUAGACAUUUUUAACAACUUCAGGGAAAAAAAGACGCAGAUGUGUAAGACUUUAAAAGCAGCGCUGAAAAAUACAGGAAAACUAAAGAGAGGAACAAUUCCUUACAGUGAUAGAGAAGCAUUUUUCCAUACAAACUAUCCAUCUUUACACAUUACCAAUUUUUUCUCAUGAAAAGCAAUUCUGUUGACAAAAACAGGAAAUUGGUCUAAUGUCUCACAAUUUUAGGGGUGUUAUGAUUAUGAAGAGGUGGAAAAUUAGUGUCACACUGCCACAUUCAGAUACAACCAGUAAUAAACUCACUGAAGAAGUUGUAGUUGUGUUUGAUUCACGACACAUUUAGAAAUCUCAAGGUCUCUAAAAAUAUAUACCAUUAGUCAUACUGCAUGUCCUUGAGUGCAUCAUUAUCUUUAAAUGCCUCUGUCUCUCUGCUGCAGCUCUGCCACUCUGCCUAUCACCUUCAAGUGCCUCCUUGAGAACAACCACAUUGACAGACGAAUCAUCCGCUUUGUGCUGCCUGUCGGGGCCACUAUCAACAUGGACGGCACCGCGCUCUACGAAGCCGUGGCGGCCAUCUUCAUCGCCCAAGUGAACAACUAUGAGCUUGACUUUGGGCAGAUCAUCACAAUCAGGUAAGGCUGGCCAAGUCAGAAAUGGAGAAUAAAAUCGACCCUUGAGGAAAGAAACUCCUGAACUUUAAUGGAUAGAGGAGAGCAAGGUCAAAAAGAGAUGGAAAUUAAAUCACUGCGAUGAUAUCCAGAACUCUUAUAUCAGAUACCCUGCUUUUUCUCAUCAAAUGCAUGUCAAACUGGUCUAUAUUCAAUGUAUAUCCCUUUGCUCAGGUGUGAAUAAAAGCAAUUUUACAAAUGAGGAGAUUUCUCUCUAUCUGACAACAUCAAAAAAUGUCAUAUGGGUCAAAAUCUGUUGCUGUCAGGCUGAUGUUUUGAGAGAAAUCUAACGUCACACUUCUGGUUUAAUUCUGAAUUAAUAAAAAAUAUUAUGGGAUUUACUAGAUACACAUAUAUGUAAAUGUCACACAGAUUACGCCUCAUAUGAGCUUCUUAGUCUGAUCUGAUUUCUGCUAAAUCAGUCUGGAAGCCCCAGGAACACAGACAGAGACACACACAGUAACAUACAGACAAAAAACAACGCUAUCAAAACACCAGUGCAUAACCUCCAACCAACAUUACCUGUGCUAUCCAAAGUUUAUGAAAAUGUCCCUCCCGACCUCUGGUUUUAUGACAUAUCCGGCUGUAAUAACAUUAGGCAAACCUCCUCAUGGCUGCAGUCUGUGCCCAUUCCCUCAUAAUCCCUUGGCGGUAAAACCCAUAUGACCUGUAUUACUCAUCUCCCUUGUCACGCCAGAAUUAUAAUAAUUUUCCCUCUCUCGCUGUGUCCUAUUACUGUGCCAUUUGGCGGUGGACCAUGGAGCUUUUCCAUCUGCAUGCUAACCCCACAUGCCAUCUCCAACAUCCACAGCACUGCAAAGGAACAGUUUGUCAGUUUGAGCUCAGGGUCUAAGGUCCCAGACAGAAUAUCAGCUCAGUCAGACUCUCUGUAGCUCUAAUUCCUCAUAUGUUGAGGAUGAGGAGGUGUUCAAAUACUUAACCAAUUAAGAAAUUUUACUACUGCUGAUGAAAAUAACACACACACACACACACAGUCGUCAUAAUACAUGAAUACUGAUUUGGAAAUAUGUAUUCAUCAGCCUGGUUCCAUUUAACAUAUGAGCAGUGAAAUAAGGAUGCCUUGAGAAUUUAAAGUUCUCAGGUUUGAUUGAUUGAUCAAGAAAAAGACCAUCUUUUGUAAUGUGUCAUCUUAGCGCCCCCGUGGUCAAAGCAGCCGUUGUAUAUUUUGUCCUUCACAUGCUUAAGUCAAGUUUUCUGACACAAAAAAAUCUCAUUCUGUGAAUUUUGACCAUUUAAUCUAUCGAUUGUUGUGGUUUUGUGCAAAAAAUUGUAAACACAAGUCUGUUUCCUCUGCUGCACAGCCACCACCAGCCCCCUCAUAACAGUAUCAGGUAUUACAAUUACAAAAUAAAAAUGAUCAAUCUUUUUACUCAUGGUCUUAUUUGCCUUUUUAUUAUAUCAUAAAAAGGCAUUAACCUGAAUUCAGUCUAUCUCAUAAACCUAAGAAAAACUCCUUUUCAGAAAUGUAUAUUGCAUCAAGAUUAAAGCAAAGGGUAGCUUGAAUCUUUUUACAUCACAUAAAAAAGUGUUUUCUCUGUCAGACUCUUUUGAAUCUUUUGUGACUUUUUUCCAUGUUGCAUUUAAAAGAAAUCUGAUGUACCGUGAAGAAAAGACCUAUAGUCUUUUUUAGCUUUUGCAGAUAAUUAAGAGGAAUCAGUGUUCAUUUUAGAAACUCCUCACUUGAGCAUUAACUCUAAACUCUAAACUACAUGUUACCAGCUUAGAAUGAAGGUACAGAUGUUUGACAAGGUCUUAACUGUACUGUUUGGUCCAUAAAAAUAUAAUCACUGGGUUUAUUUUCUCAGCAUCACUGCCACUGCCGCCAGCAUCGGUGCAGCAGGAAUCCCACAGGCCGGACUCGUAACCAUGGUGAUUGUGCUGACCUCAGUUGGACUGCCCACUGAUGACAUCACUCUCAUCAUUGCUGUUGACUGGGCGCUGUAAGUUACGACUCAAUCCAUCCUGCUGAAUCCAAGUGAAGUCAAUAAAUCAGGGCGUGGCUUGUCUAGUUUAGUUUUCAAGUACAUUAUAUAAUUAUUCCAUAUGUUUAAAUACUUUAAGCUAACAUGUUGCAUCAACCUGCAUCAAACAUUUAAUAAUCUGGAAGCACUGUGAUCAUUUGUGUUUUGAAAGAAUGAAUAAUGUCAUAUUUCUCUGACUUUCAUCAUCACCAUGAAUGACUUUGAAUAUCUUCACACAGGGACCGAUUCAGGACCAUGGUAAACGUGAUGGGUGACGCUCUGGCCACAGGCAUUAUGGCUCACAUCUGCAGAAAAGACUUUGUCAAAGAAGGAGAGCAGGUGAGCAAGCUCAAGGACAAAUCUGUGAACCAAUGUGUGAUUUCCGAGGAUGUGAAGUAUCAUUUCAGUGUCCCCUGGAAACUAAAAUGAUACUCCACAUUUGACUCUUUGAACUUUGUGUGACUGACAGACAGAAAAGGCUUUCAUGGGAUGAAAUAUAGAGUAAAAAUGAGGUAACAUGUCUGAUUUCAAGGCUAAAGCAAGGAGUGGUUCAGUAUGAAGGAGAUUAUCGUAGCUCACUGUGUUGUUGUGGAUGCUGCUCUGUGUUUGGAAAUGAAGCAGCCAUAGGGACCGCUGGUUUACACAUCAUGCUUCUUUCACCAAUGUAGCAGCAUUUUCAGAGAAGUAUUUCCUCAUUAAAGCCAGAGGACACCAAAAAAUGUGGUGGAGGAGAGUUUAAGACUGUUUAAGACUGUCCCAAUUGUCCUGUUUAGUGUGAAAGAGUUUAAAUGAAAAGAGUUGUUGUUCGUGUAUCUAAUUUAAGUGACAUUCACCCAUUAUUUGGAUACAUAUAUUCACACAACUUAAAAUCCUACCCAUUUUUUUCCUCCAUGUUUUAACACGUUUUUACAUAAAAUAAUAUUCCUGUCAAGAGAAGGGAGGGGAGAGAGAAAACAAAGAGAUGAUUCUGUGGAGAGAAAAAGCAAACAACAAAGCAAAGCCAGGGCGAGGUGCUCACCUCUGCUGGGUCAGGCUGUACGCUCUUCCUCGACCCAACCUCCCUACUUUAAUAAAACAAAAGAGUCAUCACAAUGAUGCUUUUAAACUGCUACAAAUAGAAGUCUGUUCUAGUCUGUUCUGUCUCAGAGGAGAUAUAAAAGUGAUCGCUGAGUCUGCUGACCAGAUUUUUUCAGCCAGCUUGUUCCAAAGCUUUGGGGCUCUGAAUGUUCCUGCUCUGUCUCACUUUUUUUUCCUGCCAAACGUUAAGGUCACAUUAAAGGUCUCCACCUGAGAAGCUCCAGCUGUGUACUGACUUAUACAUGACCAAGAGUUCAGAUAUGUGGCAUAGAGAAAAAAAACUUAUAGCAUACAUGAAUAUAGAGAAGGAGAUGGAAUAUUAUUCUUAGUUAUCCUAAGUCUUCUGACAGACAUGAAAACUAUCAUCUCACUCUCUCAUACUUCUCAUUUCUUCCAUCAGGUGCCUCUGAUCUGUGAAACUAAGCCCAUGAUAAGCAUCCAGCAGAUGAUGACCUACCAGAACCAGAAGAACGGCUGCUACCAGCCGCCUCCACCAGGAACCAAGCAGGACCACCUUAACCCAGAUGUGGCACGGCUGAUCCAGCUGGAGGAGGGGAUCAGGCCCAUGGAGAAAAAGAAACAUGCUCACACCUCUCACCACAAGAGAGAGCACAGGGACAAGGACCACUGUGCCAUAGAUAUGAACGGGCUGGAGACUAAUGUAUAAAAGCUGUCGCCACACUGACAGCGACCGGCUGACCAUCAGCUGCAGCGCCGGCGGGAGAGGAAGUGAAAAUGAAAGAUUGAAGUGGCUAAGUUCACACACUUUUUCCCCUUUGAAAAGGAGAGCUGCCCAGUGUGGAUGAAUGCAGAUAACCCUGGAGAAAAAGAUGAUUUUUCUACAUAUCUACCCACAUUUGAUUGUGUAUGUUUGUUUGUUUGUGUGUACAUAUUUAUCAGAAACACUUCAUUUGGUACCAGCAAUGACUGUAUGCUGCUCUGUCUGACUAAGAUGGUCCUCCAUUCAGCCAGAUCAGAGAGUCAGCCCGAUUUAAUGGAUUUCAAAUGAAGAACACGCUAGCUAAGAUGAG